GCAUCGGUUACAACGGCUUUAACGGUAGCAGCGCAGUGGGCGAGAAACAACAAGACGCAACUAACUCACCGAAAUGGAGUUAUUGAGGUUCCUUCUGCUGACUCCAGCAGCUUUCAUAUUGUUUAACUGCAUUCAAGGUCAGAUUAACAAAUUACCGCAUUUAUUUACGUAUUGUUUUUUGAUAUCAAUAUUUUUGCCUUUUUAAAAGAAGCUGUAUGCCUCAAGCACUAAAAAAUUACCACUGAUCACUAUGGACAGCCACAGGGCCUAAAAGUCGAGAAGAGCAGUUAUCCCGAAAAAGGGCAUAAUCUCUUUCGUAAUAAAUUAACAUUUGAACAUAUUUUUCUUGUUUAUCAUUAUUUCCUAGUUUUACCCAAUAUUAUUUCCUUAUGUUGAAUCGAAAUGAUAACCUAAAUUCGGUAGUUGUUUCAGUAAAAGAUAAAGGUUGUAGCUAAAAAUAAUUCAAUGGUUGUUAAAAUUCAAAGUAUAAGAUUAUUAUACCACCUUCACAAUUGAAAUGCUAUACAAUUUAACUUAAAAAUGUGAAACAAACGAUUCCGUUCAUUCAAAUUAGAAUUCGUAUAUGAGGCAAUACUCUUUAAAUCUGCGGUAAUUAAUUAUUGUACAUCUUUAUGAAAAAUUUGUGUGUUUGUUAUAUCUCUAACAUCCCAGUCAUUCAUAUGAAUAGCUUUGACUCCAGUAUAUACUAUACAAACCAGCAAGCUCUCUCCGCUUUUAUAGUAAAUAGCUCGCAUUUUUUGACAAGAACUGUGUUGGGAAAGAGCCACUUGAGGUGCCUUUUGAACAAAAUAAAAAUUGAAGGUUUCUGCAGUCUCAUAUUGGCAUGCGUAUCAUCCUCUUUAAUUCUCUACAAAUUACACUUAUCUCCUGGACAAAUUUUUAACGGUCGAAUUCAAACGCCUUGUUUUAGCCUUGAACGGCCCUCUUAAAUCUGUUCAAGACUUAGUAAGACUUUUCAAGAAUUUAAGGGGAAUGGAAGAGAACGGCGGGGGCCUGUUUUUCGAAAGUCCCGAUAACUUUUUGUCUCGAGAAGUUGUUUUAUGUUUGCCUUGUUUACAUUCAAGAUCAAAGUUUCAAUAAUUUUGAAAAUGAUACAAUGAAAGUAUCAGUUAACGAAGCAAAAUUGACCGGUUUGUGAGCUAGGAACUGAGUUACUAUUCAACUGGUUUUGAUUUCAAAUCUGCCUUCGCAUACGAAAAGUUGCGGGGCCUUUCGAGAAACAGGCCCCAGGGAGAAGGCUUAUUUUCGGACGUACCCUGUAGUUACAUUUGUGUUCAUUCAAGUUGUGAACGAAACUGUCCUUUAAUUUGUAAACAACUUUAUUAGAUAAUUUCUCAGUCUGAUGUGAAUCACUGAUUUAAUUUCCUUCAAAACAUUUCUUAUUUCUUAAUAACAAGCCUACUUCCUUGUAGACUCUCUUUAAACCUUAGGAUUAUUUCUCGGCAUGGUUUCAGGAUAUAAAUGAGUUGCCUUUUCUUUUAAGUUCACUAUUAUAAAAUCAGCCUCGUUUCCAGGCAAAUAAAUCAUCGAUCAACCUCAUAAGCAAAUACGUUACCAUCGAAUCGAUAAUAUAUUUUUUCGCAUCUUCCAAAUAUGGUAAGCGCCUUUUUGUUUUGAAGAAUUAGCCGUGGAUUUUGAGACAAUCAGAAACGGCGAAAUAUUUAUUGAAAAAUUUCAUCGAAUCGAUAGAAACAAUUGAAAUGAUAAAACCUUUCCACGGUUUUCUUCCAAAUUUUGACAAAAAUUUCUUAGAAAAAAAUAAUAAUAAUAAUAAUAAUUGAAUGAUGAUGGGUAGAAACUUUCACCAUACAAAAUUUUUACACUUGUGAAGCGAUAUCUUCGCUCGCUUAAAACGUGUCACUUUCAAACUUGGCAAGUUUACUUAUUGUAAGGCGUUUGUUUGAUUACUGUCCUUGGAUUUUCUCUGACUGUUAUUAAUUGAAAGAAAAAAAAUCACGAGAGGGUGUAUUAUAGACAACUGGAACUUUUCUAAAGCAUCUGAAUCUAUUUUAUUUCGAUUCCUUUUCAUUUCUCGCAGCUGACCCCCCUCUGAGUGACCUCCCCUGUGGUAUAAAACCAAUGGCUCGAAUUGUCGGAGGAGACGUAGCCAUUCCACAUUCAUGGCCCUGGCAAGCGGAGAUUCUUGUGAAGGAUCAAAACAGCGGGCAAUUGUUCUUCAAGUGUGGUGGGACUCUGGUAACGCCCCUGUAUGUUGUAACAGCGGCGCAUUGUGUUUUCCAGAUUCCCUUUCCAGAAUCAUAUGAAAUAAGGCUAGGUGAGGAUGGUACAAACUCUCCUGUCAGUCAGUAAAAUUCCGCUCAAACUAACCGCAGAAUUCAAUGAAACUGAAAUGUUUUUGCUUUUGAUAACACUGAAGUGAGAUACUAAUAUUUUCAGUUAGCCUACAAAAUCCUUUGUCAUGCAUAUGCACUUGUCCCAUUGUACUGUUGACGAUUGUGAGUAACAACUAAAUUCAUGAUGAAUGUUUCUUUUGCCAAUUUUAAAUCUUAAACAUAUCUCUGCUUUUAGGUGUCCACGACCGUAGAGUACUAGAUCAGGUUCAACAAAUUGGCCUCUCAGAGAUUCAUAUAAACGACAGAGCGAUGACAAAAGGGUUCGGCAAUGACAUUGCACUUCUGAAGCUCUCGAGCCCAGCUGUCCUCGGAAACAGAGUCGGUUUGGCGUGUCUCCCGAGUGGCGACCCUACAGAUCGAGUACCACCUGGUACAAAGUGUUUUCUUACAGGUAGCUAAUUGACAAUAAAUGAUAAUGAUAUACUUUCUCUUGCGGUUAAAAGAUCAGUCCUAAGUGCUUGACAGUGGCAGAUCUGCUUGCACUUUACUAUAGCAUUGAAAAGUAAGAGGGCUUUAGGGGAUCAUUCACGGGCAUGCGCAAUAGAUCCCUAUGUUGAGCUUCGACUGAGCUGCAAAGGUACACUAAAACAGCCACUACAACCCUGUAGCACUUGAUGAUGAAGGUUUUAUGAUCAUUUGGGUUAUAAUAACAUCAAGACUUCCAUAAUGCCGUCAUUACAUACCGUGAAAUUCCGAAAAUAAGCCCAGAGGCUUAUAGUUUUCAAAGGCCCCUUUUGAGGGGCUUAAUUUUGGAGGGGCUUAUAUUCGGAGGGGCUUACCUAUGGAGGGAAAUUGGCGUUUCAAAAUCGACUGGGCUAGCCUUAUAGUUAGGAGUAAAUUUAACGUUUUUGCUUUGUUUCACUUUGUAUUCGAGGGCAAUUUUCCAAGUACAAGCCCCCGGGGGGCUUAUAUUUGGAGAGGCUUAUACAUGGAGGGGCUUAUUUUCUGAAUUUUACGGUACUUUACUUGCACUCGCAAUUUAUCGGCCUGAACGCAACCGGAGACUUUUAACAUUAUCAAUUGGCAUAUCGCAUAGAACGUUCGCUUGAAGUAAUUUAUUUUGUCAAAUAAGGCAGGGCGAGAACAUAUUAUCAAAACAAAUAAAUAAAUAAGUAGUCCCCUUUUUAUAAUAACAUUUUCCUUCCUUCAAUUCAAGGAUGGGGCAGUUCCUCUUUCCAAGGAAGUAAGUCUCAGAUACUUAUGCAAGCUGAAAUGCCCAUAGUUGAGUACAACACUUGCGCAAAGGCCAAUAAAAAACUUGGGGAAGUUGUGGAUAGAUGGAUGAUUUGCGCCGGAUAUGGAGGCGAUAGCAAGAUAAGUGGUUGUCACGGAGACAGCGGUGGUCCCCUUGUUUGUGAAGAUCCAAAAUCUGGGCGCUGGAGUCUGCGUGGUACCGUGAGUUGGGGUGACCACUACUGCAAUGGAGGACCAACAUAUUCAGUGUUUGUUAGAAUCAAUAGCUAUGUUGACUGGAUCAAGUGCAAGAUGACUUCACAACCGCUCAAACCAAGUAAGUUUAUUGAGUACGAAAUGGAUAAAAUUUAUAGCAAGCGAGAGUGGAGAAGUUGAACAAGUUUUUUCGCGUUCGUUAGAACGCAUACUAAUCUUGUUCGUCCUGUGGUACAAAGCCACAAAUUUGACUGCCGAUUGGCCGCCCCUACUGAUUUUAUCAGGGGCAUCUCGGCCGGGAAACUGGACUCCUUUCGACUCUAUUUCGUUUGCGUGAGUGACGAACGCGGAUCCUUAAUCCUUGAUUACUUCUAGUUUAUAGUAACAAACUAGUUUCAAACGCCGAUCUCAUGCAACGCUUAAGAGCUUCGAGGCCGACAAUCCCGGAUAAUAAAUCAACCCGAUUUCCUUUUUUGUAUAUUUGCUUUUUUUUUUUUUUUUUUUUUUUUUAAUUUUUGUUUUGAUUGUUUAUUCAUUCAUUUGUUUGUUUUUAUUGGUUAUAAUACUGACAAUUUUUUUUAACACAAUCAAGAUCACAACCUGUGUACGAGUAUAAACAAUGUAUUUUAUAAUAUUAAGAUUUUCAAUAACGUUUACGAAACGGACUAAAAUAUUUCUUUGCUUUGUUUUUGUUUGUUCAUCUCUUUUAGCCCAAGGAUGUAUCGACACCCAUGACUAUUGUAGCACCUGGGGCAGAGAGUUCUGUAAAUACUCCUACUUUGAAAACAUGCUGAAAAAAUUUUAUUGCAAGAAGAUGUGCAACGCUUGCUGAUGGAAUGUUAACUAUUUACUCCAUUUCUGUCGAAAAACAUAUUGGAUUUGAUUAGGCUUAAGUAUUUUAUUUUCCUCUGCUUUCAUGUUAAUUAUGAAUAAGCGAUUAACAAGACAACCCAAUAAAAUUGCUUUUGUUUGUCAUUCUUGGACACGUGACUUUCAAUUUGGAUAUAUAUUUAAAAUCAUGCUUAGCGCCGGGCACUUAGAACGUGCACUGGUGAAUUAAGCCUGAAAUUACAGUUAAAUCUGAAGAGACUAAAGAUCAGAUGAAUAACUACUAAUUCGAGAUCAUUCCUGAAUAUUAUUUUCCUAGGUGGUGUACCCUUUCAUUAUAUAUUAACACAGCUGAUCUAGUCAGUCUCAUUGGCUUAAACAUGUUGAUAACUUCCGCUUAGUUUACAUAAACUGAACCUGUCAAAAAUUCUGUUUUUUUUUUAGGCCAAUAAAUAUCUGUUAAAAACCACCAGAAAAUGUACUUGUGUUAGCAAAAAGAAUAGACUGUAGAAUUAAAAAACAACAACAACAACAAAAACAGUGCAGUAAUUACCCUCAGGUUAGCCAGUCGAACAAUAGUAAGUGUUCUGAAGACAAAAUACUUGUAAUUUACAAGUGAAGUCAUUGUUUUAGAGUCUCAAAACAAUAGCUACACUUGUAAUUUACAAUUGUAAAAGUUUUAUAAAAUUGACCGCUAGACGGAUAUUUUUUCUUUUUUUUGGCUUGCGUACAGCGUUUUAGCCCAUAUUCUCUGUAGCUGCAAAAGAAAGCUGAAAAACGUGUGGCUGUUAAAGGGUAUCCAGGGAAAUGUUUCUUAAGUCUGCUUUUUGCUUAAACUGUGACCUGUAUAUGCGCACCAGGACCCAAAACCGGGACGUCUUAGUUGCUUUACUGUUUGGUUUAACUUUUAAGGAUGCGCAGAACGUAAUUUCGCCUCCUAUAUUUCACAGGUUAUUGCGCGCAGACGAUUUUUUAAAUUUAUAAUAAAAAGAAAACGCAGAAAAAUAGAUAAAUAAACGGAUUAAUAAAUACAAAUAGAUGAUGCAACGCUUGGUGAAAUUUUGAGGAAUCAAUAAUUCGGCCUCGGUGGGUACACCCUCCUCGAUAUGCUUAAUUCUUCAUAUGCUACGAAAGCCGAUUUCAUUUAUUGCUUUAUCACUCAUGCAAAGUAAUUUCUAGUUUAAAAACAUAGCUAAAACAUGCUUACCUGCAUCGAUGUUAACUUCAUCUUCGAAAGUUUACGUUUAGGUUUGUCCAGCGGCGCAAAUAUUCUCCAAAUAGCAGAUGUCGCCCUCCGAGUCGUCUUCUUGCUGUUUUUGCCACAUUUUUAGCUGUUAUUUCGCCUAGUUCCAGCCGUUGCUCUCACUCUUGAAACGAGUGAAGUGUCCGCCAUUUCUUUUUCACAACCGAAACAACUCAACUUCGUCCCCAGGUCUUCUCGGUAAAGGCGCCUUAACCUAUAGCCGGGGCUGCAUUGUUAUUAUAACGAUAAUAACAAUUUAUUAUCAUUUUUUAGCCUUUUCGUUUCCCGGUAUCAAUUCAUUUUUUGGCACUGCCACAGGUUCCUGUUAAUUUGCUUUCGUUAAAAAUCUAGAAAACAGUUUUAUUGUUCGUUAUAUUUAGCAAAUUUAGCUAAUGAAUUCUCUUAGCUACAUUCAAGGUAAAUGGUCAUACAAAGUCCAAUAAUUAUGCUUGAACUGUAUUAAAAGAUGCGGUCGACAAUCCCACGAAAAUCCACCUUUCUUCAUCAUAUAAGCAUUAACUGACAAGGCAAGAGGACAAUAAUGAAAUUUUAGUCCUAUACGAAUGACUUCCAACAUAAAAAAGAAAAUUACUAAUUUCAUAACAGCGUUUAUCUCUUCAAAUUUAUUGCAAUGAAUUCAUACAUAAACAUAAUGCAAUUAUGCAUGACUGUAUCCAAAUAUUUGAGAUGGUGAAAACUAUAUUCAGUUAAAUCGACGCCCACACGCGGUGUUGUCUUAUGUUUUUCUAUUUCAAAAGAACUCUCAUAUGUGAAUAGCGGCAACAUUCAACAGAACUAAAAAAAAAUCGAAAAUGCAACGCAGAGCUUCAAGGGCGUCAGGUUCAACCAACUUGAUAACAUUUUAUACCGUUUAUACCCUUUAUUACCUUUUGACAUUUAUGUAGGUAUAAUUGUCCCAGAAAACGGUCAUCUCUUCCUGUAAUAACUUAGCUUAAACUAAUACAGCCAUUUAAUAAAAGUUUACAACUACAUUUGUUUGUACACCUGACAAAGGAGAAAUUAUUACAUAUCUAUACUACAAUGACUGCUUAAUUUUCGGUGCAAAUAUGUUUACAGUCCAAGGGAAAUAUAUUUCAAUAUAUUGUUGUGAUAGUUUAGUUAUAUAGCCACGACUCGGCGGCUACUGUUGCUUAGGACAAUAUAUGAACAGUUGACCUACCCGGAGACUUAAGCAUGCAUUUCACAACAAUCGCAUUUGUUGGUAUUUUUCUUUUCACUGGAACUCAUCAAGGUAACCAUAACCUUUCAAUUCUUCUUUUUUUUGUAGAACACUUGAUUUUUCCUAGUGUUUUGUUUUAUGUGUUCAAGUUAAAGUGUUUAUAACUAUCAGCUGCCUCUCGAUGUUCUCACGUAAAUAACAUUUUGGCCCCCAUGAAAGUAAAAUAAACCAACUUAACUGCCGUCAACUCCAUUGCGAUCAAAGAGCAGCCUUUUCUUGCAAACUCAGUCUAUCUACCUUGGUUAUUCAGUAUUACCUGAAAGAGCCACUCUGAUAGCAUGAAAUAUGUGGCGUCAGUAGCUGAGACAUAAUGUACAAUGGACAAGGAGUAUAAUUUCAAGGAGGAGGAAACUGGAAUAAGUUUUAGAGAAAAGAAUCACAUCAAAUGAGCAAGUCCGGUCUCCAUUUGCUGGGCUACUAAACUGAUAAAACGUGAAUUUGUUCCCCGCAUAAUAAUCUAAUAAUCCACGAUUGAUUUCUCCCAUGUAAUUUCUCAAAAAGAAAAAUGACAAAAAUCGCCAUUUAUUUGUUCGUUUCGCUCCAUUUUUUCGUGUGUCCAUUGAAUUCUGGAUUCCACACAAACGUACAUUCUGGAUUCCAAUCGAGUUAAUUAAUCGGGUUCCAGAUUCUUUAAGCCAUAUUUCUAAUCCCAAAGCCCAUGAUUUCCAUCUACCAGCACAAAUUUCCUGAAUUCCGGAAUCCGGAUUAUCUUAUUAUUAGUGCGAAUCCAUUCGGCGCUAGUGGUGCAUUUUUCCUUACAUUUUAUUUCAAGUCUUUUCUCGUCGUCAUCGUCCCUGUGGACUAAGAAACUCUGUCUCGCGCAUUAUUGGCGGAUCGAAUGCUUUGAAAGGUUCAUGGCCUUGGCAGGCAGAGAUUUUGCAAUUGCCAGAGAGGAGACAUAAAUGUGGAGGGACCUUGAUUAACGUCUGGUGGGUUGUGACUGCAGCACAUUGCGUCUUUAAGGAUCCCGAUCCCAAGCAAUACAAAGUGGUAUUAGGUAAGAGCCAGUUAUUUAAACGCAGUCUAGUCAGUGUUUAACAGAAACGCCUUCUAAGCCAUUUUGAGUUCACCCAAUGCUUUUAUCUCGACACCAUUUAUUCGCGAAAAAGUUUCAUAAGAGCAUGAGAAGUAAACUGGAAAUUUUAAAGCAGUUAUUUUCUUAUAACUACCCACUAAGGAAAGAUAUCUGGAGGUCCAAAAAUUUGCUAAACCGCAGCCUAAGUUUGAUUUCGUUAGUACUGAUCCUUAACUAACACUUUUUCCCCUUGUUUAAAUAAAUCAUUCUGCUUAACCAAAGCUACGAUAAUAAAGGAGUAAAGGAGUUUCGAUGUUUAAUAUCAUAAGUUCGAUCCUUAUUCCCGCCCCUCCAAUUUUCCAUGGGAAAUUGUCUGGGGGCGAGGCUGAGAAAAAAAAAACAAAGAUACCGAAAAAUUCCGAAAAUAAGCCCCGGGACUUAUAUUUUUCAAAGGCCCUUUUUGAGGGGCUUAUAUUCGGGAGGGCUUAUGUACGGAGGGAAAUUUGCGUUUCAAAAUCGAUUAGGCUAGCUUGUAGUGGGAAGGAAAUUUACCAUUUUUGCUUUGUUUUACUUUGCAUUCGAGGGCAAAUUCCAAGUACAAGCCCCAGGGGGGCUUAUAUUCGGAGGGGUGAUUUAAUGGAGGUUUUUUCCGUUACGAUUUUGGGGGGUUUAUGUUUGGAGGGGUUUACACAUGGAGGGGCUUAUUUUCGGAAUUUUACGGUAUUUUUACCCUUGGACUUCACGAAGCAGGAGAAUCAACCUUAAUUAAUUUUUGUUUUUAAAAUUUUCUUAUUCGUUCAAUGGUUUAAAAAUCAAACGUUAAGCUUCCACUACAAUCACCCUUCUUUUUCGCUCCCUCUUUAGUAUCUAAGCAAAUUUCAUUUCCCGAUUAUGAAAGAAUUCCAUUUCUGCAAUAGGUUAUUAGCCAUUGAGGCGGAGAGUUACAAUUGAUUGGUACCAGAAGUCAUCAUUUUCACUGAAGCCAUCAUGCAUCUUGUUUAUCCUUUAUCCGUUUAUCCUAGAAGAAUUUGGAAACAAUAUGGUUAUGUCAAAUUUUGGAGAGUAAAGGAGGUGCUUUACGGUCUCGGAUAAAAUGUUAAGGCAGCGAUCUUCCUUGACUGACAUAUAUUGCCUCUUUAGCCCUGCCUAUCGAUGUGUUCCUCAUAUCUUUUCAUUGUACGUCCAGUGUAAGGGCAGCUGUUGCAGCUAAUUAAAAAAGGCACGAGUAGUUAGAGGCCUUUCAUUUAGGACGCUCUUAAGAAAAAUCAAUAUAAAAUGGAUCUAGUUUUAAAACCUAAGUGAGGCAGAUCGCCUUGCCCGUUGCUAUGAUCGUAAAGCUCAAGAGUCUACAACUGCUACAAAGAUAACUGGAGAUCCUUGCUUGGGGUCGAAAUACGUGGAAUGCAUGGUGUCCCGAGAAUGACUGUCUUGUAUUUUCCAGGGCAAAACAAUCGUACUGUGAAAGAUCCUCAUCAAGAGUAUGACGUCAUUAGCGUCAGAAUUCACGAAAAGUACAUGACUAAAAUUUAUGAUUAUGGCUUCGACAUCGCGCUAUUGAAACUGGCACGUCCUGCGUUUUCUGUUUUUGGGAAGAUAGGAACAGCAUGCCUUCCUCCUCAAUGCGAACGCGUUCCAGUGGGAAAGGACUGCUAUAUCACGGGUAGGAUUACAUAAAAAACAUUGCGAUAAAAAUAUAUUUCUUUAUGCAUGCCCUUAAUUUCGAUCAGUUGAACAUUCAGUUUGGUCAUUUGGGAUCCCAGGACGGUAUUUUUCUUUCCUUAUAUAAAUAUAAGGAAAUUCUUUACUUUUAAACUGAUAAACGACUUCGUAAUCUUCGGAAGUUCGUGGCACAUCAUGCCCUAAUCGUUAAGGGCUAGGUAGUUGCUGAUGCCUGAAUAUCAAUGAUUGAUUGAUUGAUUGAUUGAUUGUUUGUUUGAUUGAUUGAUUCAUUUGUUCAUUCAUUCACUUUUUUUUUUAAUGAAGGCUGGGGAAAAACAUCUUCCCCAAACAUUUCCACCUAUGCUGAAAUUCUGCAAGAAGCCAGGAUGCCAAUUGUCGACUACGCCACUUGUGCAGCUGGUAACGCUAACCUAACGUAUGCUAAGGUGGACGAUGAAACUAUGAUAUGCGCAGGAUAUGGAGGAGACAGUGUGGUUAGUUGCCUUUCUUGAUUCUGACAUGUUUGUAAUAUCUUUUCGAAAUGAAUAUAUAUUGUCAAUGUACUUAUUCACGCAAUCUAAUGUAUAUAAGAAGUUGAAAAUGAUGGUUUAAAAUUUGCAUCUAAGGUGACUAUGUAACAAUGUAAUAAAGCCUGAAGCUAUAAGCCAAACAAAGAAGGACGGUAAAUACAGUCAUAUUGUAACCAAUGAAACGCUGGGAUCACUAAUGAAUUUUAGAUCUUAGGCCCCUCACCGAGGAUUCUGAACUCUCUUUUCCACUAUGCAUCAUUCGUUACACACUGAAAUAACUGUGAUCUAUGAUGAGACUAUUUAAGUGUUGCGUUCAUGAACCUGUUGGAUAGAUGUAAAGACGCUAAAUAUUAAAGCAGCUACAUGUUUCCAGGUAAGAUGUUAUCAUGAUUCUGAUUCAGAAAAUCAAAGUGCCUAAAAUUGAUUCCCUUAAUUGACUUGAGCAAGGGAAUAUAGUGAUAAGUGAUCAUGCCUUUUGCAUUGAUGCCAUGUUGUACAAAUUAGCUCAUGGUUCUACCAUCUAUCACGUGAAACUUUGGCAUGCAAAGCAGAGCGUUUGAGCACUGCGUUUUUACCUUAGGUUGUUAUCAGCCGCAUUACGUAACCUUCAGUUAUUACUAAUCUUUAAAAUAUAUGAAGUGCAAUGAUUUAAUUCGUUAAUGUAUUUUCAUUUCAAAGGUCAGUGGUUGUCAUGGGGACAGUGGAGGUCCUUUAGUCUGCAAAGAAACUGGUCAUUGGGUUCUGAGAGGAGCUGUUAGCUGGGGUGAUCAUUGGUGUCGUGGCGGGAAAACGUUUUCUGUGUUCGUCCGCAUCAGCAGAUUCGUCAAUUGGAUUAAAAAAACUAUGUGGAAACGAGAGCGAAAGCCAUGUAAGUGUAAUAUUCUGAACUUUUAUCUAAUCUACAUGCGCAUGGCAUUGUUUAAUCACUGACGAUUUAGUUUUGAUCAUGAAGGCAAUUCAUUCUGAUUGGGAUUUUUAAUGUAAAAAAAAACUAUUGUAUUAUUUAUUUCUUUACUUAUUUAAUUAUUUAUUUAUUUAUCUAUUUAUUCAUUUUGCAAUUGUCACUUCAUCUCACAGAUAAUUCGUAUUUAUCACAAUGUACCGGUAUUCCUUAAAUAAUCUUUCAAUUUGUCAAUCGAAAGGUGGUUGCCAAGACUGCAAACCUUAUAAGGAAUACUGCGUAAAUUGGUCUAAAAAAGGGAUGUGCAACAACAGUUGGUACAAGAAUUACCUGAAGAAAUUCUGUCGCCAGAGCUGUGGCUAUGUCUGUAAUCAAGUCGGAUGAGACGUCAGGUUUGUUUUCUGGAUAAAAGAUGCAUUCGUUUAACAUAUUCAAAAUUAGAUCGCAUUAAAAAGUUUAUGAGCUUCUGCCUUCUGUCUUUAAACUUUAAACCAAAUGCGGAAAUGCGCCAAAACAAAGUGUAUCUUUGGGUCAUUUUUUGAUGUAUUUUUACAGGUUAGGAAACAUUGUCGUUUAACAAGGGUUGGAGUCAGCAAACUUACCUCAGUUAAAUUUAAAACAAAUUACAGAGAAACCAUUAAGCAAUAUCAGACGAUAAUCGAACAUUUUUACCGUGCUGAUGUGUUUACAUUUUUUUUUUCAGCGCUCAAAAUGCACGAUGGCUUAUAACAAGCAACUCAAUGACCUCAGCAAAACAGCACCAGAAUCGAAACCCGAAACGAGCACCGACAAUAAUUGAAAACUCCAUGAAGAGUCUUAAACUGUGAAAAAAAAAAAAAAAAAAAAAAAAUGAAGAGUCUUAAACUGUAAAAAAAAAAAAAAGAAAAGUAAUAAUAAUCAACAAUAAAUUAGACUUUAAAAUCAUCCACAUAAUCUUAUAUAUAAACUGAAUUGUCUAUUUACAAUAUAAUCCAGAUUACUGCUUCGUAACCCAAGAUUGCAACCCAAUUCUGUGAGUUUCCAGUGGCGAAGAGAGUAAUUUACCCACUUAAUCACGGUUGAUCAGUCUUUCUUGUUCUGCUAGAGAAAAUUCUACCUUUAAAGUUUCGUUUCUACCAUACCAUCAUGAUACGAGUGACAAAUUACUCCUUAAUUCCGGCGAGAAAUUUCAGCGUUUAUUCUACUACAUGAAAAAAUUUCUGCAAUUUGAUUGGCUUACAGCAGUGGUAUUUCAGCUUAAUUUGAAAUACCCACAUGUGAAAAUUACAAACCUUUUGCGGGUAGUAAUAUAAACAAAUAAUAGCAUGAUUUGUACGUGAUAUUUGGUAUAAAUAUCACUCGUGAUAUUUCAAAAUUGUCUCAAAUUUCACUCGCCUAACUGCUCGAGAAAUUACAUAUAACAAUUUUGAAAUAUCACUCGUGGUAUUUAUGCCAAAUAUCACUACAAAUAAUGCUAUUACCAAUACUAAUUUAUAAUUUCACAUUUGAAAUUACAAACAAAACAAAAAACAGAAGAAAACAAAAACAAAUAUUUGACUCGUAGAUUAUUGAGAUCAACAAUGUAGUUUCUAACCCUAUUAAGAGUGAUUUUCUGUAAAAUUCGAACUUCGGCCUGACACGGUACCUCAUCGAUUUGGCUGAUUUUUGGCAUGUAGUCUUAGAAUGGUGUCCUAAAUACUGAAUGCAUAUUCUAAGGUUCGAAUUCUCGUUGGUUUCAAAGAUACAGGAAUGACAGUUUUGACGAGGCCUCGAGCGGCCGCUAUGUUGGUGAACUGAAGGAGAUUUACAGUAAUUAAUUCUAGCCUUAUCAUUAAAAUAACGUAAUCGUGACUCAUACAGUUGCAAAGAACUAUCCUUCCUCCUUUCAUUUACUUACUCUUAUCUGAAAAUGGUUAAGCCUGAGCUACGAACGGCUAUAACUUCUCACAGCACUUUUUCGGUACUUAAACGGUACACAAAUUUGGUAGAAAUUGGAAGGCCAAUAUCACCCAUGCCACAUCGAUUUAGACUAAGCCAUUUUAAGUAAACAUAGUUUGUUUAUAGCUAAGUUAGAUUGUUGAAUAAAAUAAUUGGGCAAAUGCAACGGAACAGAAAUAUGAUUGCAUGAAUGCGCAGUGGUUCAGCCACUUGGCCGCUAAAACUUCAAAACAAAAUUCGGCGAAUAUUUGAAAAGAAAAUUCUUUAAAAAUUGAUCUUGCCUCUUAAACCCUAUCUAUCGCUUAAAAAACCCUCCCUUGUAAGGUAAACAGAUGAUCUUUUGAUUCUGAUCUUGCGAAGAGCUUGAAAUAUGCGCUAAAAUGAAAAUUAUAAAUUUUGUUACACACGGUACUAGCUCAAGUCGCUCUUCGAUUUCUCAGACCAAUCGGGAGCCGCUCGUGUACUGCACAGUUACAAUUUUCUCUGUAGUAUGUCGCUGUAUACAGCUACAAAUUACAUAUUUUCUUAGGCAAAGAUAGCGCAAACGUUGUCAAUUUUAAUCAAAAGGCUAGAAAAACCAACUGUGCACUGUAGCUUUAUGCAAAUUGUAUGGUAUUCGAUAAUUACACGUGUAAACAGGAACCUACCUUUGCUAAUGUACACUGUUUGGCAGAUCUUUCCAGCGUAAGAUAUAAAACUAGUACAUUAAAUGAAAUUAAAGAACUCAUCAAGUCAAAUUACCUGAUCGUACCGUCAUUACUGAAUAAUAAGUCCGCAAAAUAUGACAUGGAAUGAUCGGUGGGAGACGAAGCUAUUUUUAGGAGGACAAGGAACUGCACGCUGGAACGGAACUGAAAUGAACAACCUCAAUUAAGUUCAGUCUUCUUGACGCUAUUAAACGUUUCACCCGAAUUUGAACAGGAAGUUGUUUUCUAUUUUCUUUCUCAUUCGUGCAUGUAUUCUGCAGUUCGCCCACUAUUUUUUCGUAACUUUUAAUUUUCUAGCUAACUGUAACUGUUAAGAACUACGAACCCCCCCUCCCCCCCCCCCCCUCUUUGAGUGAACUUUCAUUCGGUCUGAUUCACAAUAAUUUUCGAACGGUGACAAAGUGAUAUUUGAAAUGACAUUUUAUUUAGUAUUUUUAAAAGCUCCUUCUUUUUUUCCCGAUAGCCAGGAAUGUUUUGAACGUAAAGACUCAAGUGGCGGUGUUUUUCACGACUCUGCUUGUAGACUGACCUCGCCACCAGUACCACGGACAUAAAAUCUGAUCGGAGAGGGUCAUGCAGUAACUGAUGGGUCUCUGAAAAGCGAAAUGCAGUCACUUGGGGCGAGUAGGCUAUAUAGAUGAUGAACUCAUUGUUUAUAACCCCAUAACCGUAUCCCAAAAGUCGAGCCAGCCCGGGGCGAGCGAACACAAUUUUGGGGCCACUGGCCACGCCCUUAUGUUUAGCGGGAAAUUGGUUGAUUAGUCAAAUCUCCUUAACUCCACGACCAUGCACCUUUCCAAAUAUAGCCCUUCUUAUCAUCAUAUAGUUAGGGCCUCCCGUAAGCAUUUGCAACUAUUUUGAUUUGUAGAAGACUGUUUAACAGUUUUCAUUACUUUAAUGUCUUGUAAACAACACGAGGUACAUGUUCUGAUCUCUCCCCCCCGCACCCUUCCCCCAUCCAUAACAAAAAAUUUUCAGACCAACACUGAAUUGCAUGAAGGUAUGUACAAAAAAUAUGACCAUCUCGAGGCAAGGUUCAUCACUGUAACUUACCACAUAAAAGCCUUUUCGUUGUUUGCCAUCGACUGAUUCUGUUCUGAAUACUAAGGUCCCAUAAACAACGCCACGUUUAGAAAGAGCCCGCCCUUUUCAAUCCAAGAAAACCCAAGUAGCGAUUUCACCAACGGACAUAAGCCGUAAGAAAAGGACCGCGUCAAAUAGUUCAUGAAAUCACAAACGCCUCAUGACACCUUUAAUUCACUCUUUCUUCGAUAAACUAAUUUUUAAUUUUUUAAGCAUAAAUGACAUCAGAAUGCGCGAUUAUGAGCAUUGUAGCUUAUGAAAAGAAAAUUUAACACCUGAUGCACAUGAAAGCGUCUAAGAAGGGGACUAGGGGGAAUUAGGAACAUUGUGCUUACCGCUGGAAAAAUAUUGGCUAGUUGUUCUUUGACUAGUGAAUAGACUCAAUUAAAGCCGUUUUUGUUCAGUAAGGAGCUGUUAGAUGGGGGGAAAGCUACAUAAAGUAGAUCGCAUCAGAAUACGGCAUAGGACUAGGCUCUCAAAAUCGAUAAGCUGAAUGCAAGACCAAUUAUUAUGUAAAACAGAGAAAAAUUCCUUGAGGGAAAAAAAUUAUGGCUAGGGAAAAGACCCGAAGGUGGAAAGUUAGGAUGGUAGCUUCUUUUCAGGUAAUCGAUCAUUUACGUUAACUUCCGCUAUCCGACGGGCAUAUCGGAAAGACUGAAUGGAUGAGAGUAUAACACAUUCAAGAAGAAACAAAUUUGUGAUUUUUCACAACUCAAUAAUAUAACUAAAAUUGUGUACUACUCCGUUAUACAAGAUUUUUGUUUUCAAUUUCAGAUUUUUACGAUGGGGCAUUAGCCCCCGUACUCACUAGACACUACUUUACAAUCAUCGUGUUAAAAUCAGUGAAAUACUCCAAAACAAUUUGGAUUCCUACCCUUAUACCUUUAUUAAAAAUUAAAGUUGGGAAGUUUGUUGUUUUCUAAAAGUAGUUUGAACAGCCGAACGACAUUUUUCUACGCGGAGUGGGGAAGGCAAAGCUUCACUUUAGAAAGUGUCAGGAAAACGUGAGAGUCGUCCUUGAGGGUAAAGUGUCUAACCUAAUUUUCUCACCGAUUGCAAGUGCCAUUUCAUCCACGCAUAACCUCACCUAGUUAACAGAAUUAGCAAAUGUAGUGGGGAAACGUUGCGAGAGAACUGAGUAAGAUGUUAGGCUAAGUUUUGGUAAUUUUCCGCACACCUGGAAAGUCCUGGCUACGCUCCUGAUAGAGACUUUUGCUGGAGAGAAAUUGAAACAUGUUCGCUAAUAUAGUGACGACCAGAAAGGACAAGCCAUAGGAUAGUUCCAGAAAACCACCCAUUAAAAUAGAUCACGAAGUUGUCGCGGCGGAGGAUGAACUUGAAGGCAUCUGAUGAACUGCAAUUUUUCAAGGGAGCCCAGACAAGAUUAUGUACGAUGGGCACAGCUUGUUUGAUCUGGAAAAUUUGGAGAAGCUCAAGGCAAAUCGCUAGACAACACAAGCUAGAGCUGAACUAAAAAUCUUUUGCGCCUUUGAACUCUGUCCCUAACGGCAUAGUUACUAACUAUGCUAAGGAUAAGGAGAAAGUUUCCCUUUAUCAAUGCAUUAACCGAGUUGAUUAUGAAUGUCUCCUUAUGUUGGACGUCUUACUAACAAGCACAUUACCACUACUUGCCCUCAGAGGCGUUUUUCAUUUGACGAAAAAAUUAGGCCGGACUGUUUGAAAUUCUGGAUGCCAGAGUGAAGACGCCUUUUGUAUGAUGACGUCAUCGUCCUACAGUAAAAAGCGUUCGUUUUUUACCACUGAUAUUACGUCAAUCGGUACACUUAUGUUGUCGAAAGGUCCGUGAGCAUGGUAAAUGAUUUUACCUUAAACUGCAGACACAUCUUCAAUCACUCCUUAUUGUUCGCGAUAUCGGAUAACUUCACUGGUCCCUAACUGAAUUUUCUUUGCUGUUUACUUUAUUUUGAAUUAGGACUGUCUUGAGUUGUCCAUGCAUUGUCUAGCGAUUUUAAGCUUUUUCAAGGAAACAAAAAUCUGGAAUUGUCCCUAGGGUGAGGCAUUUGCGCACAGUUUUAAAGCCCUUCGGUGGGGUGACUGUGGUUUUUGCAGUCCCGGGCUCAUCCCUCAUUCUUCUUAACCCCUUCCAAACCAAUUUUUCUGUUUAUCAAGAAUCUCCUCAAAACGGGCUUCGUGAUUGAGAUAAAAUACCUGAAAUUGUACACGGAACCGUUGUUAACGGUGUACAAGGUAGAAUGAGUCUAUUCAUUACUUUGCCAACGCCCAAUUUUUAAAACCGGAAGUAAUGAUGUUUAUUUCAAGGGCUCAUGUCUCAUGAGUUUUGAGUAAAUCUUCAAACGCUGUAAACACAUGUAGCUGGAACUAUCAUCGCAUCGAUCCUCGCUCACUAAUAAUGAUAACUUAUAUCAACUUCCAUUAUUUAUUGCCUGGCUAAGAUUUUCACGGAUUCUUCAGUUCAGUUGUUUGAAACCAGGCGGUUUCACGUGAGUUGUAACGCCAGGCAAGGAACGUGACGACCCGCGAUAUGCGUGGGAAAAUAUUACUUUUUUUCGAUCAAGGUGGAAACUGGCAACUUUGUCGUCGAGUAAGGUAAUACAUCUCAAUUUUCAUUAGUAUGGUUAAUUUUAAAAGCUCUGGUUUCGGUAAACGAACUGGAGGAAAAUCAGGAAAAUUCCAGUUCGACUGUGAUGGUUGAAUUUUGUUUACGCGUCAUAGCAUAAACAUAACAAAUUCAUUUUCCUUUUCCUUAUACAAUCUGCCUUUUUUUAUACUGUUUUUCGCAGCAGAGUUAUCGAUUAUAUUACAGAGGCUAAUUUUAUUACACAGAUCACUCAGAUUUAAUGACAGAAACUCUAUUAUCGAUUGUAAUUUUGGCAACACCUGGCGAGUAUUCGGUGUACAGAUUAUUGACGAAGUCGCUAGAACAGUCUUCCAUUCAUUACUUUGUUUCUGCUCCGUUAAAUUUGCCCAAUUUUUUUAUUAAUGAACUCGAUUUAACUACAAACAGUGAGUAUUCAGGAAGAUUGGCAAGCUUCAAUGCGAUGUGGCAAAAGAGAUAUACGCCUUUAAAAUUCUGUUAAUUUUGCGGGUGUAAAAAAUUCAAAAAGUAUACCCACCAAAAGUUUAAUCGAUCGUUGCGAAAACGUUAUCAAUUUCGAAGUAGUUUCUAAAAAUACAAUAAAGAGGGAUUGUUCUUUCAAUCUGUAUUGGCAAAGGAAGAUUAGCUUUGAAGACAGGGUUGUAGUGGAAGGCUCAAAAGUAGCUUCUAUUAACCAAUAUGGCGCCGGUCCGAGGCACCCAAAAACCGGCCAUGUCGAUAAUUUCCGAAAUAGGAGGAAUUGGAACCUAAAGUUACCUAUUCCUUAUUAAAGACCUCAAAUCAAGUCUACGUGCCAAUUUUUAGCCAAUUCGGUGAGAUAGUGUGGCAGCGCCUUUUUAAUAUAGCUCGAAUCUUACAGACAACUGCUCUUAACCUCUUGAAGAAUUGACUUUCACUACUUGCAAGAUCGCGCAAGAUCAGUGAGAAAUUUACCUUCCUGUUUUCCUCUGCCGCUUCGGAUGAUGUCGGGACUUCAUUAAAAGACGGCUUUAAACUUAAACACCUGCUCUAUAGGUAUGUAGUAAAACUCGGAAAACAGGAAUACCCCAGAACACCCCCAAAACAAACCGUGAAAACUGGCAAAAGGUAGGUGAAGAAACGCUGUAACCUCAAUAAACGAAAACAAUCUUUCCGCGUGGUUUCUCCAAGUUUUGAUAAAGACCACUGUAAGAAUCAAUUGACAGUGCCCGAAAGCGCCGGUUAAAUUAGUAAACUUAUCCAGUUUUAAGGUACAUGUCCGUAGGGAACGAAUAUUGCUCUACAGAUUUUGGGAAUUUGUCCAGACUAGCUUUUCUGUGGUGGGGAAGACGUUCUUGCCCGCUACGAUACAAAUAUGACUUUGUGUAAAAUUCUGCGACUUAGCUAGUGGAGCAAUAGCUUCGUUGGCAAUAAUCACUUUCAAACUUGGCAAGGUAACUGACUUUAAGGUGUUCUUUCCAGCCGUGGUGACACUUCAUAACCGGUACAAGUCAAAUGUUGAAAAAAAAAAAAAAAAUAAUAAUAAUAAUAAUAAAAAUUAAAAAAGAGUAAUUAAAAAUGGUCAAUUAACAAUAAAUCAAAUGUUCUUUCUGUUUUUUGCUUUCCGUUCCACUUGUCCCGGAUUGUUUCGUGUUCACGGAAUUCGUAUCCCCCCAAUGAAUAACUUUACUUUUUGAAAACCCCUUUCCCCUUUCAGUUGUCAAGAUAAUCAAUCAAUGAGUACUGAAUCAAUGAAUAACUUUACUUUAUUGAAAAACCUGCAAAAGUCUAGUUAACAACGAUACACAUCUUAGCAAAAACAUAUUGAAUUCAAUUUGUCUACAUAAAAUGCUAAAUAUAAAAAACAAAUCAGACUGGCCCAACAAUUUUUUAUUGUAAUAAUAAUAUUACUUAUAUUUUAUUAUAUUUUUACAGGUAGGUUAAUCAAGAGACCAUAUGUAAUUUUCUGUACAGGUCUUUAACUGGUGCAUGUUUAUUUAAUAUCUAAGUGUUCCAGGAAAGUUAACUGUAAAAUUAUUUGCACGUGUCUAAUACACAUUGUAAAACAUAGUCCGCUUUGAACGCAGUUACAGGUGAGGAGAUCACCAAAGUAAGUGAAAUUUAAAACGUUUCCGCUUUGACUACCUCUGCCCUUGGUCCCUUGGUCAAUGAUUUUAAAUAAGAAAAAGAAACAUAACCCUGCAAGUUGAUUAGAGUUUGAGUAAUAGCUACCAAAUGUACAAACUGGCACCAGGUAAAGGUUGCAAAGGCAUGUAACUUAAGUUAAUGUAUGCAGUUGCUGCAUUGUAAUAAUGGACAAAGAAUAGAAGGUUGGGGUAAAAUGGCGCAUUCGAUAAGCCUCAUACCCCCCUCCCCUCUCCCCUCCGUCAUGCCUUAUUUUUUUAAUUAAUUAAGGUUAGCUUUUUUUUUUUUCUUUCUUGGGUUUACAUACAACCUGGAACCUCGUUAUUGUGUCAUUGUAAAGUCAGAGCUGGUUAAUUUAUGCGUUAGGUUGUGAGAUCAGUGCGCGCUAGAAAGCAUUAGGUCAAGUCAGGAGUUCUAGACUGAUCGCCCCAGAUCAUCGGUUUGUGCAAACAAUGCAUUCAUUCAAAAAGCGGGGAUUUUUUUCAAGUGAACUAGCCGGCUCACAAGUUUUCAAUUUCUUCCUUUUGCUACGUAAGUUUGUCAUUUUGUAAUUACCUUCUAAAACUUUGACACUAUCGCGCAGCCUUCUUUCAAACAGUACUCUUCCUUUACAACAUGUAAUUGUUGGAAUUAAAUUUCAUUCCCAUCCUUUUACUACAAGAAUAUAUCGUCACUAACAAAUAUUCGCUUACAGUCUGUUUCUACACUGUUAUAAAAUUAGGUAAAUGUUCGCAACUAAUGACAAAAAAAAUCAUUUCUGAAGUUAACUGACUAGCUGGAUGUCCAUUCUCUCAUUUCCUUCCAAACAGCUCUGUAGCAGUGUUCCAGCUGCUUGUCUGGUAGCUGCUAAAAUGAAACAAGAUAUUAAAAUGUAUUUACGACCUUUCUAAUUUUUUUUAAUUGACGAUCCUCGGUUAGCGCUAAUUUCCGAGCUGUAUAGUGUUCUUGCAACCAUUUUUAUGCAAUCCAGUUCUGAAAAUCAUGCUUUCUUUCAUCAAGUCAAGUUCAACAGUUAUUUGUUCAUCUCAGAUAUAAAAAGUCGAGCUUAUCUGCGUCUUAGCUGGUGAUAUUUUUCACGUACGCUUGCGUGUUUCACUCGCUCUUGACCGCUCUUCUACCAAGGAAUCUUAUUGUAGUCAACAUAUUUCCAUGGCAACAACUUAGAAUGGUUUUAACGUGCGGAAGCAGUUAAACAGCGAAAAACACCGAUAUUUCGACGAAAGUAUUAGAAUUUUCUUUACACUUUUGUACAAAGUUGGUAAAUUUACCAAAUAUCAUGCGUCAUCAGGUAUAAAAAUGAUACUUACCAAUAUAUAAAAGGGCUCACUCAAAUCAAGACCACUGUUUCUUUAAUGAACUAAAAACGGGCAAAACGGAAACUCAUUGGUGAUACAGGUAAGGCUAAUUAUUUUGUAGCAAACAAAUCAAACUAAAAUUAAAGAAGGCCUCAAAAUAUUCAGAUUUCUAUAUUGGUAAAGUCAAAAGCAUGAAAACUCUAACAAAAACUCGGCCCGAGACAAACAAAUUAAUGAACAAUUCCCCCUCCCCCUCAAAAAAUAAAGAAAAGAAAAGAAAAGAAAAAAACUGACUCAAAAGAUGGAUGAUCAGGUACAUUCUCUAUUUUCCAAUUGCCCAUAAUACACUCUGUUUGCCCCCGAAAUUCUGCAUAAACCAUUGUUUUUUAAUGCUCCUGCGAGUAUUGCAUUUUCCCAAGAGCAUUUUAAGACAAUAAGUUAUGCAAAAUUUGGGGGGCAAACAGAGUGUAUUAUGGGCAAUUGGAAAAUAGUCAAUGUAAAAAGGCUAGGGAUGGUAUAGGAUUCAAAGUAAAAAUUGAAAUGGAUGUUAACGUUCCUCCUUUGGGAAUUCCAUGGACAGUAAUUUUGUGUCUAAUUGCUGCGACAGUCUCUAGUUUACUUUAAAUGGCGUUACUGAGGAUGCCGUUUUUCUUGAUACUUUAAAGUUUUAAGUAAAUUAAUAUUUCCCAGAUAAAAAAAAAAAAAAAAAGACAUACCUCUAGAGCGAGUUUUAUAUAUCACGCAACGAUGUCACCAUACAUAUAUCGAUGGCUGCCACGUUUUUUAUGCAUUUCCCUGAUACCUUAAUGGAAAUACUUCUAAUAAGAAAAGACUUUUAUUAGUUGAGCAAAGGCCUUAGCAGAUGCCUUUCAUUGUUAUUAAAAAUCACUCAUAACCUGCGGGUCUGAUCUGGCCCGAGUGAAAGUGAAUUGUUUCAGUAAAUGUAUUGCGCAAUUUGCCAUCCUCGCCGUCGUUAGAUUCCACAGAAGCCUGAAAACCUGGAAAUAACCGACUUCAUUAGUAUCAUCAUCAUUACCAACCGUCAUCACCAUCAACAUCAUAAUCAUCUUUAUCCCUGGUGUAAAUUACUUGGCAACGGAGGAAACAGCUGGGACUAAAGGCCUCAACCGUAAAAAAGAAAGCUCCCAAAAGCAGCAAAAUCUUGCCGGGCUUAUCACAUUUUUCAUGUCCCUUUCGAAAAUUCAUUGCAAAUUUUAAUCAUGUUACAUAAAUCUGCAUUCUAAGUGAAAAUCUAUGAUAGCGAGGGACCACAGUCACAAAAUAACGGCGUUCAGUAUACAGCGUCUCCACAAAAAAAAAAAAAAAUUAAUAAUGAUAGCAAAAUACAAUAAAAUAAAAAAAUCUUGAAGCUCAUAUAUUUGUUAUUUAGAGCAUCCUAAUCUCGGUGAUUAAAACACGGUAAAUCAUAAUUAGCCCAGUUCAUAAAAGCAGCCAAUUAAAAAUAUUACCACAAUCCGGCGUAAAAUGUUUCGACAAUUUUCAGGCCACUCAAAAAUAUACUGAAUCUGUGCAGCAGGGAGUCUAAUAGGAAUUGGGAUAGGGAUUCGGCUAUAAACUUAUGAAUGGGUAACAUAAAUGAGCUCUAAUAAAUUACAUACAUAAACGAUCAAAUGAACUCUGGACACGCAGUUUCACGAUAUAAACGGUCUCGAGAUGAAACAGUUGAAGAGUUUCUAAAACGCAGAAAAUCCUUAUUAGGCUAUAUGCUCAUGACCAGUAAUUAAUAAACGUUUCCUAUACAUAAAGGAACCCUCUGCACUAUAACCUUCAACUGCAUUUGUAACAAGACACUCUUUUUAAUAAAAAAUCAAUAAGAAAAUGAAAAGAAAUUUGUCUUUUGUCUUAGGAGGCGGUAGGUGCGGGAAGCAGGCAUGCGCCCGUCCGCCAUUACCCUUUCCAACAACCCUUAAAAUUCAAUUGUUACCUCCAGAAUUUCAUUUUCAAAAAAAAGAUGCUAAAAAAAUAAGCAGAAGAAACUGCGUAUCUCCAGCUAUCUCGGUUAAGGUUUGGAUAUCAGAUGUUUGGGAAAUAAUGACCUCAUGAACGGUAAUCUGCAACAGUCAAGUAUAGAUUUGAGGGCAUUUUAAGGCGAUUUUUUUUUUCUGCCUAAUUGCGGUAUAUAAAAGAAGCAGACUGCAAAGAAUGCCAUGGGCUAAUCGUAGGGAAAAAAAGUAAUAAUAAAAACGAAAUUCGGCAGCUAACAGUGGCUUUCGACUGCCGUUUGUUAUCGUUUCAACACAGAACUUGCUUAAACUAUUGUCGGCAAAUCACGGCUUAUGUAGUUGAUAUCUUAAAGGUGGAAAAGUUAAGUCCAGUGAACAUUGCGUUGAAGUGAAGCCGUUCUCAAAAUUUUGCUGCUUUUAGUAGCAAUCAUCUAUGGGUAGUACGAAAGAAAAAGUUUUUUCAUGAAAACCACUCGAUCUUCACUUAAACGAUGGUGAGGGCGACCAAUGAUCUACAAGUUUGUUUGAGAAAUGAAUCAGUUACAAUUGUAGUAGGUAUUCUGCAACAAAACGCGAAAAAGGGCUACUUUAUUUUGUUACCCAGCUCCUUUCCUUAUGUUGGAGAAUAAACUAUAUACCAGAGCACUUGCAGAGAAACUAUAUUUUUCUUAGUAUAAUUUAAACAAGAAGCAAACUUCACUCGAAAUUGUUUUAAAACUUUAAUAUUAUUUUAGUCUUAUUAUGAAACACUCUCGUUCUCAGGGUCCUCUCCUUCUUGCCCUUAAGAGAGGACUCUGGGAACAAGGUUGCUUUUGAAGUGUGAAGCAUUUUUAUUGAUCCCUGCUUAUCGCCAUGCAUCCGCGUGGAUUGAAUGAAAACUUCACUAUCAUCAAUCCUUUCCUUUCAGUUCCGAGUGUAGUCGCUCAUCGUUUUGGGUCACCAGCUUUCAAUAUUGGAAGUCAACACACUGUCUUAACGGCUACCUCUGUUCAUUUGGCACGUUCUUUUGGUGACUGCUAUGGUGUCCUCGCCUGCCUGAAUAAAUGUAAUACGUCUCAAGAGCAAGAAAUAUUAGCCUCAAAAAAGGAAAAGGGUCUAAUGAAUGUACUUCGCUCUCUUUAAAGCCACGGUUUUGCUUUAGUUUGUGGAAAUUGACAUUACAUUUUCUUCAUAAUUCUGGACAACCUGGCUCCUUUCCACUUGUUUUAUCAUCUAUUUAAGCUGUUCUUUACUAGUGAGUCAUUAUGUUUUGUCUGAAUUCUGCCAAAAAUAAUUAAGGGAUUGAAUCCUGAGGGAAUUUACAGUGAGGUUCUACAGCUUGAAGGGCAAGCCAUACUUUCUUAAGCCUAUUCAUCUUUCCUUGAAGCUGACAAGCAUGUUCACCAUUCUCCUCUCUAAAAGAGCUUACUAACCUGCAGUAUCUUUAAUUAAACCCGGCAGCAAUCAGAAUUUUUCUGAUCUGCAAAUAGUGGCUCUAAGAAAAUUUAUCAACAAUAUAUAAAAGUCAACUAAAGUCCACACAAUGAAUAAUUAGUUAAUACCUACUUCUCUUCCUCUCCUCACUCUCUCAUAGUGAAUGGUAUCCCUGGGGGUCAAUAUUACAUUGACAACUGCCAAUUACUUACUAUGAAAUUUUAUCUUUAGUGAAAACAUUUCUUGUCAAUGGCAAAACACCACUUUAUAGGAAAAACUCUUGAAAAAUUGUUAAGGCUGACAAUUGUCACUGAAAAUUCUAAGGAUUAUCUGCUCGCACCAAUUUUCUUAAUUAAUAUUAUUAUUUUCUUCAUUUGAUUUCUGCUGCUUCAAGCUCUAAUAUAUUGGAGGCCAGUUCCUAACGGAUAUAAUUUGGUUAAAAGGCGUGACGUACCUUCUUUUAGCAAACUUACCCCAUAAACGAAGGUGUUGGGCUUAAAUCACGUGAGUAAGACCAGCUCAUUGAAUUUCGUACCAGUCCUUUCUUCUCCUGAAAAAAAAAAAAUACAAAAAGCUUACAAGAAAAUUAGUAUCAGCGAAAAUCAUGAAGAUAACUCUCGCUAAGUGACUCAACUUUAAGAUCAGUAUGUAUUCAGUCUGCAAUUUCUUGCUGCAUGCGCAGUCCAAAUCAUCGGUAUCAGGUAAAUCUAUGUUAAGCAUGUGAGAUGUAACGACACGCCAAUGUCUUAGUGUGGAGCAUGUUAAAUAAUAUGUGUAAUUUGAAAUUUUGUUGUAAACCAUCACGAGGUCAGGUUAUAAUACAUACUUGCGGUCACAUGAUAUCUCAUCUCUCAUCUGUCUACUCUGAAUACCUGUCUUUAAUCUGAAAACAACUGCAAAACUAACUUUAACUUUUCCAUACCUUAUUUGAUAUUUCUUCAGUGCGUAAAUCCUGUUUCAGUCAAAAUGACUGACAGGUUUUUUUCCAGCAGGAACUCAUCCCCAACAAAAUUAGAUACAGGCCAAGGAGAAGAGUAAUCUUGAAACUCGGCAUGGAAUCUUGCUCGUUAAGUCUUGUUCUGAACUCGUUAAAUGGUUUCAGUCAGAAGCAUUAAACUCAUGCGUUACUUGGAGAAAAAUUGUCAAAAGAAAGUAAAAAUGACAUCUGGAAAUGUUCAUGUUCAUCUUGACAGGGCGUGCCCCAAAGGUCCAUUUUCCGCUUCUUCUCCGAAAACCGUUGGAAAAAGUAGCGGAAGAAAAAAAAAUGCGUUCGAAGUUCCUGAAAAGAAACUUCAAGUUUAAACUGCUUUUAUGUGUUAAAAGAAAAAAAUAUACAUUGACUAGCAAUGUUUUCUUUAUUCAUUUGACUCUUUAAGUGCAAUAAUUACAAUAAUUAAUUAUAAAAAUGUUAUACACAAGAUUUCAAGUGCUAGAGCAAAGAAAAUGACAACCUUUCACACAGAGCUAAUUUAAAAAAUUUGCAAAGCUUUAUUGAUCUUGGAAUGUCUAACUACUUUAUUUAUGAUGAUUUAUGAUUUGGAUAAAUCAUGGAUCAGUCAGAAUUCAACAUCUUGGUAUCCAUGGACGAUUGCAGCCAAACAGUCGAAAAAAAGAGAAGACAAAAGAUGAUGUCGUAUGUGGUGUCCUUUCUUAGGAAAAAGAAAAAAGAAAACUGUUCACUUUCGAGGCGAUCUAUACAGAACGCGCUCAACAAUGCGUUCUUCCUCCAUUCUUCGGAUAAAAAAGUAAAGGCGGAAUGCGAGAAAAAGGAAAGCAAGAUCACAAAAUGCUGACAUUCGAUGUAGCUGAAAUAAAAGAGCAUUAGUAAAUUCGUUUUAGAGGAUACUACAUUUUUGUAUGCUUUAAUUGUAUUGAAUAAAAAAAAUUCCAUAUGUUUAAGAGGUAAUUCCUAAUUUUUAAAGGUGUUUGUAACUAAAACUUUAUUACCAAGGUAGUUUAAUAAAUAUGAGGGAAAAUACACACCAACAGCACAACAACGUUCGUAUCUUUUAUUAAAAGUCAUAAAACAACUUCAUAGAAUGGAAUAAGAAAAAAUAUAUAUAUAUUUGUUUAUUUACUUAAGUCGUCUAAAUGAAUAUAUUUUACAAUAAAAAAAUGUCACACCACAACAAAACAGCAGCAUUAUCGUUUUUAUUAAUUUCAUACUCCAGUUACAGAGACUCAUUCACUCACUCAACUUCUCCUUUUAUCUGACGGUAGUAUUUGAGGCCGAUAUCAAACGUCGCUUUUGUGUCCCUGUCCUUGGCCUGUGCUACGCCUUAUGUUAGGUCCAACUCGAAAAUAUCUAAUUAAAUAACGAAAAGAUCUCCUAUAGAAGUGUUCAUACGCCCAUAAAUUUUGACUCAUCGAAUGGACACCCCGCGAUUCUCCAGACUGUACACAGUUAUCAUUAAUUUGGUUGUUUGCUAUCGACAAAUUGUCGAUACCAAGCCGUGCAAGUCAGUUCGGAGACGGACAGGAAGCGUAGAUUGAAUAACCGAACAAAAGCCGAAGCAUAUUAAACAUAUCACAUAUAUACGUAAAGAAUUUCACUAACCUGGAUUCUCUGUGUAUACUUAAGCUGAUAAAAUGGUUCAACGUUUGCAUAAAAUUAAAUGUAACGUACGAGAAACGUUACUGUGGAAACCUACUAUGUGCACAUUUUGAGGGCGUAGUAAACGACAAUUCUAAACAGACGAUGAUGCCCUAAUAAACGACGGCUUUACGCAGGCGCAGAACCAUUUGAAUCAGCUCUACCUUAUAUGGGUUGCUGCACUCCUUCACGUUUUGUCAUCACUGGGUUCAUGAUUGAUUGCACUCCGGAUCCUCCGUGGGGAUCUGCGCUGUCCAGAUGAUGGGUCGACUACUUUCGAAGAUCAAGUUCAACUGGCCAAUUAUAUUCAAUAUGCCUAAACAACUCGGUCUGAUGUGGAGUGAUCUGCAAAGGAAACUGUUCGGUUUCAUGGAAAGCAAAAAUUCAUAAAGGAAAAUGAUUAAAACACAGGACGAGAAAUUUAAAAUAUAAUAAUCAAAAAACAAAAACGUCUCUUUGGGCGAGAUAUGCAGCCUUGGCAAGGCCCUUAGAUCAAUGAGCGCAUUAUAAGACGGAAGCCUUAGGCAUAGGACCUGCGAAAAACUCAACUCAUCCUUGCAAAAAAUAAAAGUUUAGGCGUAAAUUUUUUCGCGUUAGUUACUCCUCACUGUUUCUGUUUAUUGAGAUAAAUCUUAAAGGUUUGAGUGAAUUAAUAUAGUUUACAGCCAAAAACAACAACAACAACAAAAACUAUUUAAUCUUAUACCAGUACAUACCUCUGGAGCGAGUUUGAUAUAUAGCCAGACGAUUUUGUAUGCCGGACAGGUAAGGAUGGCUGUGACGACUGUCUUGUGAAUCCCUGCGACCUAAAUAGAACUACCCCUAAGAAGAAAAAUUAGUAACACGAGCACAAGUCUUGGCGGAAGCCAUUUCCUUUUUAAAGAAUGACACAUAAAUUGUCUUAUCUGGCGCGAGUAAAGCUGAUUUGGUUCAAUGUACUAGUGGAGAGUUGAAUCAAGAGCAGAGCGGUGAUUUUACUUUGCCCAAUUUACCUUCUUCGACGUCAUUAAAUCCCGCAGAGGCCUAGGUACAAGUAUCUGUAUUUUCGUUGCAUGAUGUAAGCUCCGCAAGCCAUUUAGCUGGUUAGGAAACCUGACGUAAAAUGUUUUUAUUCUUCUGAUUUUAGUGAAGGUUCUUGGCAAGCGGAUUAAAAUUUUGGAAAUAGAUUUUUGAACAAUGUCGAUCUUUCCUUCCUCGUCCAAAUCACUUUAAACAACGAAGGCCCUGGAUAAAUCCUGCCUCAAAACGUACAAAACGCUUCCAAAAGCAGCAAAAUAUUGGUUUAUUAAACUUAAGUUUUCAUGUCAAUUUCGAAAAUUCAUCACAAAUAUCAAUGUUGAUUAAAAGAAGCUAAAUUCCAGUGAAAAUGUAAUAUGACGACAGGACCUCGUCACAGGCUUAUGGGCGUUGAUCCCUCCUCUCCACAUUUAUUCCAUGAUAUUUAGAUCAUCCUCUAGCAUCUUGCGCUAUCCAAAAAACAGUUAAAGCGUUACCGCCCCCCCAGGACCCCUACUUGUUAUUAGCAUCUCAGGACCAAAUUGAAAUCAGUCAUUGGAAAAUGGUAUGAUUACACACAAGGGUAUCGUCCUUGAACCACGACGUCGUUAUCAAAAUCCGGCAUAUCGUUUCUUGGUGUAAGGUCAAUUUUUCCAGGGGGAGAGGACAACCUUUGUCGGCCCUAAAGUUUUGACAAUUUCCAAGCCACCCAAAAAAAUACUGAGACUGUGCUGCAGGAGACUUAAAGGUAGGGAUUUUAAUGAUAUGAACGGGUAACAUUUAGUGAAUUGCAUAGGUACAUGAAGGACUAAAGGACACGCUGUUUCACAAGAUUGACGCGAUAAAGCCAGUUGACGGAGUAAAGUACAGAAAACUCCUUGUUCAUUAAGCUAAGAUAUAUAUAUGUUCUACGUUCGUAGCGAGGCUCACAGACUUCUUUACUUCAGGAUCAUCAGGUGAUAACUGUCGAGUAUCUUGUACUCCUGGUAGUUGGGAUGUCGACCACUGACUUCUAUCAUUCCACAGGAAGGCUGGUCCGGUUAUCCAAUUUGACUUGAUGAGCUGUUGUGCACUGAGACCGCGAGAGGCGUGAUCUGCAGGGUUAAGUUUGGUGUCCACAUAAUGCCAUUGAUCCGGAGAGGUUUGGUCUUGAAUUUGUUGCACCCUGUUUGCAACAAAGAUGUGAAAACGUCUACUUUCAUUAGCGAUGUACCCGAGAACAACCUUGCUAUCGGUCCAGAAGAUUUCUGUUAUUUCUUCAUAGUCUAAUUCUCUUUGUAGUUGACUACUUGUUCUUACAGAAACCACAGCAGCUGUAAGCUCCAAACGAGGCACCGUUACUUGUUUGAGUGGUGUAACUCUUGCUUUGCCCAUUACCAACGAGCAAUGGAGAUGGCCUUCAUCGUCCUUUAAGCGGAGGUAUGAGCAUUAGCCGUACCCUGGGUACUGGCGUCAGAGAAGUGAUGCAACUCUACACUGCUGAUGUGUCCAAAAUCUGAUGGUUUGAAGCAUCUCGGAACUGAUAACUGAUCCAAAGUGAACAGCUCACUUCUCCACCUUUCCCACUUCAUCUUGACUACUUCAGAGACUGGGUCAUCCCCAAUCUGUUUUUUCUCGGCACAGGUCCUGUAGGAUCUUCUUUCCUUCAAGGAGGAGUGGAGCCACGAAACCUAAGGGAUCGUAUAUGGAGCUGACUGUGGAGAGUAUCCCCUUCUGGUACAUGGACGGUCCUUCAACGUGAUUCUAAACUGGAAUGAAUCUUUCUCGACGCACCACUCAACACCAAGGGUACGUUCUAUCAGUAGGGCUUCAGUAUCCAAAAUGUUCCUUAUCUCUUCAGCUCUAUCUUCGGCUGGGAUGGCUUCUAUAACUUCUUUCUUGUUUGAAGCAAACUUGUGCAGGCGGAAACCCCCUCUGCGGCACAUCUCUUUAGCGUCUUUAAUAAGGUUCACUGCUUCUUCUGAUGAGGCGACGGAUUUGAGGCCAUCGUCCACGUAAAAAUUUCUUCGUACAAAGUUCGCUGACAUUGAACCAAGUUCUUCUUCAUUAUCGUUAGCAGUGGACUUCAAGGCGUAGUUCGCACAUCCAGGCGAUGAUGUCGCUCCAAAGAGAUGGACGGUCAUUCUAAAUUCUAUCGGGUCCUUGGUCGUGUUUCCGUUCUCCCACCACAGGAAUCUCAAGAAGUCUCUGCAUUCUUCUGAUACUCUUACUUGAAGAAACAUCGAUUCUAUGUCGCACAUGAAUGCUACUGUUUCUUGCCUGAACCGACAGAGGACUCCCACCAAAUUGUUUGUUAAAUCUGGUCCUUGUAACAAAUGUUUAUUUAAGGUCUCGUUCUUGAAUUCCAUGGAGCAAUCGAAAACCACCGGAUCUUGUUUGGCUUUUUGGGAUGAUAUAUGCCGUGAUGAGGAAUAUACCAAACUUUUCCUUUAUCAGAUAAACUUGACUUGCUGUCUUUAGAACUUCCUUGGAGUAAACAUUCGUUAGCCCAGUUCAUGAGUUCAUGACCAGUAAUUAUUGCAUGUACAUUCCCUAUAUUAAUGCAUGUCCCUUAGUAUAUAUCAAGGAAAAUUCUGCACUCUACUCUUCAACUGUAUUUGCAACGAGACACUAUUGGAAAUAAUGAUGAGAAAAUUGGAAUAAAUUUAUAGGAGGGGUGAGUGGUGGGGGGCAGGCAUACGCCCAUCCACCACUACCCCUCUCCGCAACCUUUGUCGCUCAAGAAAAUAGUGAUAGUUUUUGUUUUCUUUUUUCGUAUGAGGGUAAGGGGUACGGGGCAUGCGUACGCCCAUCCACCACUACCCCUCCACUAGUUACCUACCGGGAUAUCACUGAAAAAUCUGCGUUUAAAAUGAAAAAGUGCUAAGAACCGCGUCUCCUCAAGUCAUGGGAUGAUCUUAGACAGUCAUGACCUCAUGAAUGGUACUGGCAGAGACAGACAAGUACAAUUUUGGGUGCGUUUUACAGUGAAUUAUAAUUUUUUCCUUAUUGUGGUCUUUUAUAAUUAGCGCAGAUUGCAUAUAAUGCUUGGUCUAGGCUAAUUGUACAAAUAUUAGAAAUGGAAAGGAAAAAGAGAUUUGGUAACUUUCCGAGACUUUCAGCCUCGGGAUGUUUUUGUAUGUUUUAACGAAGGGCUUACUUGAAGUGUCGUCGAAAAAAUUCGCCCCACAGCUUAUCUUCAUAUAAAAGGCGGAAUAAACUGCAACAAGUUGUUCUUUCUUUGUUUAAAUUAUAUGAAUGUUUUAAAAAAUCGAAAUUACUGAUCAGCUGCGCGCUAAAGUACAUAGAUAAAUUAAAUUUUGUUGCUUUUCGUAGCGUUCGUCUACAGCAAGGUAAAUUACAAGAAAAAAAAAAAACCAAGGGAGAGAGGACAUUUUCCAAGACGGUACUAAGAAUCAAUGGUCAACAUUUCCUUUUCAAAAUGUUUCUGAGAAAUUUGGCAGUUAAUUUAUGACGAGAAAUCUGCGGCAAACAUUUUGGAAAAGUAUGCAAAAAAGACUAUAAUUGAAAGAGCAGGUUUGGGUGCCCCUUCUCUCCUACUUAUCUAAAUUUUAUGCGCUUGCAAAGCAACAAUUUUUCACUGAGCCAAGAAAACAUGCCCAUACCAGUUUAAAUCGAUCAUUACUUUAAGUUCACCUUUUGACGUCUUCUUAUUUCGCCGUUGUUGUUCAUCGCCUGUUUAGAGCUAAGGCCGGUCUCACGAAUUCCAUGAACACUUGAUUUUCAUCAGUGCUUCCAAGUAGAGUCGCUUAUCGUUUUGGUUCUGACUGGCUUUCAAUAUUAGUACCGUGACACUGACAUACCUCUGCUUGGCACGUCCUUUCGAUCCCUUAAAAGAGUUCCACAAGUAGCUGACACUUGAUGAUAACUGUUAUGACGCCCAAUAUUCCCUGUCUAAAUAAAUUGUUUCUUAUUAGAACAAGAGCUUUAAUCCUUUAAUUCUGCAACAAAAAAAUGUUGUCUUUUGAAUGUAACUCACCCUCUCUAAAGCCAGGGAUUUUCCUUUGUUGAUAAUUGUCCUUGAGAUUGUGUUUCUAGUGUCUAAAAAACUGGCUAAACUAUUUUAUUUCUUUUUUCAGUCAUAGCCCACUCCGUUAUGUUUUCGCAGGGAUUAGUUUGAAUCCCACUGAAACCUUCAAUCAGGUUAUCUACGGCUUGGGGCGAAUACCAUAAACUUGCAUCCAGAAAUAGUAUAAUCGACAGUGUUUUUUUUUUCUUCUUUAGUUCACGCUUUGGAUGAACUCGUUCGCCUUUGAAAAAACUUGAAAAAUCAAGUCUUUAACUUACCUUUGUACUGAGAGAGGUUGGUUCAUUCAGUGUAUCAGCUUUGAGAUGAUCAUUGUAUUUAACAGUCCUGGCUUUGACAGUCUCUCGCGACCUAUAAUGAAAUGCUUUUCACAAAGACUCAGUAGCGUAGCGAGAUUUAUCAUUUUGGCUAGGACUCAAAGUCUUUUCUUUCAACGUGUACUAAUUCAAAAAACCAUGUCACAGGGACGCCAACUAUGGGCUUUGCCAGCUAAUUACUCUGGAACUUUAUCUUAACUUUAGCUUAAUGAUGGCCAAUGUUAAAGGAAUUAAAAAAAAACAAAAACAAAAACAAAAACAAAACCUUAGCAAUGUAUUUUAAGCUAGGACUUAUCACUGAAAUACUCCAACUGCAAUCCGUUGUCAUAAACUCCUUCCUUUGUGUUUAUACUUGUCUUCCUUUGAAUCAUCUCUUGUCUACUACGUUAAGAAGACACAAUAUGGGGGGGGGAUUUGCUAAGUAAGAUGGCCAGUUUCGAAGGGCUGUAAUUAGUAAAAAAAGGUGACACAGCUUCUUUUAGUAGACUUACCACAGACUAUAAGCAAAGGCGUUAGCCUUGAGUCACGUGAUUAAAACCACCUCAUUGAAUUUCGAAUCAGUUCCUCCUUCUUCGAGAGACUUCUGGCUGUAAAAAAAAUAAUAAUAAUAAAAUAAAAAAACUUGCAAGGAAAUUAGUAUCAAUUAAAAUUACAACGAAAAUUGACUUAAUGGGACUGUAAAUUACGAUCAGUGUGGGUUCAAAUUGAUAUCUCUAGCUCAUGUCCAAGUACUCUAUGCAGAUCAACAGAUCAUCAGUAUAUGUGAAAUUCUUUUAUACGUGUGUUCAAGGUGGAACAACCUGUUGAUGUCUUUGCGUGUAUCAUAAAAUCAUCAUGCAUUGGGUCCUCUAUCAUUGAUGUGUUUGUUUCACAAAACGUUGUUAAGAGUGUAAACCCUAUAAUUACGGUCACGUGAUAUCUCAGCUACCAUCCUCCCGUCUCUAUUUAUAGUGGAAAGGGUGCGGUCUGCUGUGGCUUCUUGCGUUUGGUCUGAAAGCAACAAGGCCAACAUGGAUUUUAAAAUACCUUACUUGCUCACCUUCAGUUCGCAACUCUUGUUUCAGUCAAAAUAAACGACAUGCGAAUUUCCUGGAGGAACUCAUCCAAAAAACAGAAAUGUGGCCAAUAUGGGACUCAUCUUGAAUCUAGUGCCAAGAUGAAAUCUUGCUCCUUCACUCUUAAAGGUGCUUUCCGCCAAAAGUAUUAGCCUCUGACUUCUCUCAGAAAAAAAAAAAAAAAAAAAAGAUGAAGGAAAAAAAUGCGGUUUCUUGCCAUAAAAAGACAAAACUUGGUGGUGUUCAUCUUGCCGACAGGGCUCGCCCCAAAAGUUCAUUUUCCGCUUCUUCUCCGAUAAGCGUUGAAAAUAGUAGAAUUGAAAAAAAUCGCGUUCGACGUUUCUAAAAGGAAAUGUUUAAGCUGUUAUAAAACGUUAGAAGAAACAAAAUAUAAAACUUUUGACCUGCACUGUGUGUUUGUAACUUUAUUGAUCAUCAAGGUAAAGCUAAUUACAAUAAUUACAAGCUAUUAGUAUGAUCUAUGUAAUGUCCUUUCGGUAUUAAUGUUUGUACAAGGAAAAUGACACCCUCUCAUUUAAUAUUUCAUGUUUGCAAAGCUUUAUUGAUCUUUUAAUUGCAACUAAAUUACAAUCAAUUUAAAUUAAUUUAUCUGGCGAAGAUGAAUCUUGGUACAGCCAGAAUUGGAUGCCUUGACAGUUUCUUAAACGACGACAAAAAAGAGAAGUAUCUUGAGAAAAUAGGACUGGAAAUUUUUGUUUUGUAAGUGAUGUCAACUCUUGAGAUGCCCGGAUGUGCAGAAAAAAGGAAAAAAUCUCGUUGACGGCGGUAUUGGCGAGCUAACAGGGCGCGCCCAAAACUGUGAUCUUCAUUAAAUUGUUCUGAUGAAAAAAUCAUGACGGAAUAUGCGAAAAAGAAAAGUCCGCCGACGUUCGACGUAGCUGAAAUAAACAUUAUUAGUAAAUUAUUUAGAAGGUACUUAAGACAGUUUAAGAAACCACACUGACAGCCACGUGCUUUGCUGUUUAAACUUUAUUCAAUUUAAAUAAUUUCGAUGAAUCCUAAUUUGUAAAGCUGUUUGAGUAUACUCCUAUAACAGUUUAAAGUAUAUAUUGAUCAAAUAGGAAUACAAUACACACCGAAAACAUACAGCUGAACAUAGCAGGGUUUGUAUAUUUUAUUACAUUUCUUGCACCAGUUACAGUUAAAUAUUUAAUUUAUAUAAUCCAGAGAAGCCGAAAAAAUAUUAAAUAAUCUUUUUAGUUACUUAUUUUAUAACUGUUUAACAUAUAUAAGUAGGAAUAAAAUACACACCAACAACAGAAGCGUUCGUAUAUUUUGUUAAAUUCCUUGCACCAGUUACAAUUAAAUUUUUACUCAAAUAAUGCAAAGUGCUCUGAGAAGCCGAAAAAAGAGUAAAUAAACUAAUUAGUUACCUAUUUUACUUUGAUGAUUCGUUUUUUAUAUUAGAAAAAAAAGUCACAUCACACCAACACAUCGAAUGGACACCCCAGGGUUCCUCAAACCAUAUACGCAGGGAUCAUUGGCGGCUGGCUAUCGACACAUUGUUGAUACCAAGCCUUGCAAUGUUUCAGUUCGGAGACAGACAGAAUGCAUACACCGAAAAACCGAAAAAAAAGCCGAAUCGAAUUGGAAGCCGAGUUCCGACUUAAAUCAUUAGAUUAUAAAUAAGUAAAAAAAAAAAUCCACUAACCUGUUGUCCCCGUGUAUACUUGGGCUGAUAAAUAUGGUUCAACGUUUGCAUAACUUUCAACAUAUCGUGCGAGAAACGUUACUAUGAAAACUACCUUAUGAACAGCUUUCUAGAAGACGUAAAUAAAUGACAGCUUUACGCAGGCGUAGAACCAUUUAAAUCAGCCCUACCUUAUAUGGGUUGCUGCACUCCGUCAUGUUUUGUCACCACGGAGUACAUGGUGGGGCCCACCCCUCCACGGUAACCUAGGCUCCAAUGCUGUUUGAUAAGGUGUAGUCCCAUGCCUCGUCCAGAUGAUGCUUCCAUGUCAACUCACGAAGAUGAAGUCCAGAGCCAGUUAUACUAAAUAAGCAUUGGUAGCCAUGUCAACUAACAUUUAUAUGGAAACCAUAUGUUCUAUUAAUAAUCACAGGAGUUCAGGCUUCAGGAGUAAUCAUUGAUCGUUUAUUGCGACAAUGCUGUUUGUAUGGUCCGAAAUUGUAGGACCACACGCAUCAGGCAACUUCAACGAUUGACCGUUCUUGACAGCGCUCAACUGUAGGGCAGGAGCUAUGUAAAUACUUGUAUUCUGGGUAGAACGUAAAGUAUUUCGUAGAGCGCUCAAUUCAUUUUAUUGAAUGUGGUUUCUAAAUCGUUCAGCCAGGAUAAGUUGACCGGAUUUUAACUGAGAAAGUUUAUUAUAUUAUAUUUUAUACAUUACAUUACAACACCUCUAAAAUACAAUUAACUGAAGACAUAUAAUAAAUAAAUUGCUAGCUAUAGAGACUUGAUGGAAUUCUGUAAAUUAUUUUAUUUAAAAAAAAAAUGCUACCUUUUUUUAAAGUAGAGCUGCUGAAUUCCAUUUCUGUCACGCGUAUAAUAAAUUCGAGUGGGCCGUUCGCCAUGUGGUCGACAUCUUUAAUCAGGAGUUAAUUUUUCAACCUUAUGUAGUAUUUUCUGCAACAGAAAUUUAAUUCUUAGUAAGUAUACGACUAUCACUGUCAAAGGUUUCAUAAAGACCAAAAUUAUCUGGUGAAGGUCACCUUACAAGGGCUAAUUUCAGAACACAAAUUACAAACUGAAGCGUCAAAGUGCCUCAAGGUAAAAUAAUCUUACACCUACCUCUCUGGUUUGUUAUUUUUUCGUGCUACGGGUCCGCAAUGUUUGCCAGUAUGCCAAGAAUACAGUGCAAUGGCAAAACGAACUGAACGGCAGCGGAAGGAGUAUAUAGUAACUCGCUAGAGAUCCCAGAAUCGUUCGCAACGGCGGCGUUUUCGCGUCUUCCUUUAAAAUGAGUAAUUAUCACGGUAUUUUCAAUUUGAAUAUGACGCCCUCCAGCAAAGCGAGCUUUAUGAUUGGUUCUUGUUAGGCACGGGAAAAGGGAUCGAACCAUGUUUACCAUACUUCAAUGAAUGAGCACAAAAUGGGAAUUAAGGUUGAAUCUUGUUUUUAGUUUGUCUUGUGGUGCUUGUACAAAAAGUUGAUAAAGUUAAUAAACAAAUAAGUAAUGAGCGUCUGGGAGAUCGAGGUUAAGCCAAAAAAAUUCCCAACGGUUUGCCAAACCGUUAACAAAGUUUUAACAAGCUACACUUUAACUUAAUUUAGAAGCAGUAUUUUUUAUUUUAUUUCAUUUUAUUUUUUAAUCACAGGGGUGCAACCUAAACAGAUUUAAAACAAGCACGUCUGAAGUCAAAGUUUACAUUGUCCUCUUUGGACUGAGGAUGAGAUGGGCAUGUGUAUCACUAAUUAAUUUCUACAUAAGCUCGGAUUGUUUUAUUUUAUUUUUUUUUUUUUUUUUUUUGGGGGGGGGGUGGGGAAUAUAUUAUAUAACCACCGAAUCAACUGUCUCAAAAGCUGGGCGCGACUUUGAUUGUUUGAAGGGAAAAGCGGAGCUAAUGAACAGCUAAUUAAAAUGCGAGGGGAUUAUGUAUUAAUAUGCAAGGGGAUAAGUGACUUAUUCCCCUUGCAUGUUAAUACAUAAUCCCCUCGCAUUUCAAUUAGCUUUUCAAAAAGAAAAAAAAAUGACAAAUGUUUAUUGGAAAUAUUAAACAUCGACACGACGCUUUACACACCUCCUGCGCAAUCUUAUCCCCAGGACUUUUCCUUUUCAGGGUUGCAUCUAGGAUUUAUCGUUUGGGGGGAAGUCCCCCCAGCCCUAGUGGCCUAAGGGCACGAAUUUCCUAGGGAGGUCCGGGGACAUGCCCCCUCCGGAUUUGAAUAUGUGCUGAGAUGCAACUGGUGAAUUUUGAGAUAAAAUUUUGAGAACUGUUACAGUGUGUGCACUGACCUCGUCACGUCUGGAUGAUUUUUCCGAUACAGUUACUGUAAUGAUAACAAUAAUUUUUUUUUUUUAGGGGCAGGGGGGGUCUGUGCAUACGGGGGGAAGAUUCUUCCCCUCAAAUACCCUAGAUAAAACCCUGCUAUUGUGAAAUAUAUAAUUAAUCCAGUCAAACGCCUUUUUUGAAUAUGAACACUGAUGGAGGGCAUAAACAGUAUCUGUAUUGACAGUGUAUUGACGGGGUGUCCGUACAGAAAACUUUAGGGCAACAUCCCUUAGGGACAAAGCAAGCUGCUGCUAUUUUUCGGAGGGAGAGAAGCGACGACCGGAAAUGCGUCUGCGGUUCGCAGGCUAGUCGAUAUUGCGAUCUAUUGCUUUUCAAAGAACACUAUAGCUACUGCAAGGAAGAAAGAAAAAGAAAAUUAAGAACGGACAGGAGAAAUUUUAUUUUAAAACUUGGUUCAACCCCAUUGGUAAGCUCCUUUUAGUAAAUAAACAACAGCGAAAAAAAAAAAAAAAGAAAAAGAAAAAAGAAAAAAACUUAAGACUUGUAAAGGGGGUUGAAGAGGGAAAGGGGGGGGGCUAUUUCAUGACACUUGUCAUCGAGGUACAGAAGCCAUUUAUCACACGUGAUAUUUCCUCCCUGCAGUGUUGUUUUUUUGUCACGCAAAAAUUAAUGUUGACACAAGCCGGGCAAUUCACGCAUACCAGCAACAUAAUUCAUGAAUGCUUUCACUUUAUAAAUUCCAGUUUUCUUGCAAGAGCGCCAGUUUACUGAGGUUAACGUUUAUUCAGCUCUUCAUGGCUCAGGUUCCAGUUCAAUGUUACAUUUUACUCGCUUUUCUGAGUCGAUUGUUAUGCCUUGCCUCAGGUAAGCCGUACUUUAUUUCUUUACUGUUAACUGCAUGCUACGUGACUAAAGCGAGUAUGUUUGUGAAUAAAGCAAACAGUCGUUCAUGCGUUUAUAUCGCAGAACCCCAAGGUUUAAGUAACUGUUUAUGAUCUUUCAAACUGUAGAGAUAAGCAACGCUUAAAAGAACCAAGUCAAUCAACUAUCAAGAGCGAGAUUACCAUAAUUGCAACUCAACAUCGCCACAUGGAACGCGAACAGUGUUUCUUGAGUGGCCCAGCAAUAGGGAAUUAUAACAAACAGAUCUCUAUGUGGGCUAGAAAGGUUAAACCAAAGAUAAAUCGGCAGAGAAAGUUCGCCAGAGCCCAUCAGGUGAUGGGCUCCUGAAUUUGCUAAUUGAUUCUUACCCCUCGCUCCAAAUCUAACAUCUUACCCAUUUUAUUGCUAGACCACUCAUAUUACCUGUCCUGCAGCAAUUCUUUUAUUUAUUGGUUUCUAUGGUAUAAAUUUUAAAAACAUGUAAAGCGGGCAGCAUAAUGUUUUUCUCACAAUUAAACCCGUACAUUAUUCGUCGCUAAUUAGUCUCUUAUUCUGUAAGUGAAAAAAAUGCCAUUUUGAAAACUAAAUAUUUACUUAGUGUCAUAUGAUCAUCUGCCAUCUGGUUGAGCUUACCUACCAGCUACGAUUGAAAUUGCUCCUUCUAAAAAUUCGCAAAGUCUGAAAGACUGGCGUCCGGGCCUUGCAUUUAACGGCCUAAAAACAUUAUUCUUUUAAUUAUGUUCCCUCAAUCAGGGACACUCAACGAGAAUAUAGUUCAAAACCACUUAAACAUAGCAUUGUUAAACGUAUUUUAGUAUUUAAACGGUAGAUAUAGGUUGGAAUAUUUUUAUCCCCUAAAAAUUUUUGAUCCGUUCGGAUUUCCUAGCUGAAAGUCUAGUGAUCCGAAAAUUAUAGGGUUCAAAACUUACGUUUUCGAAAAUUUCAGCCAGAAAAAAGGCUCCCGAUGACCUUUUUACGGUAAAAAUCCGUUAAUAAUGGGCAAUUAUACCAUUUUUUAGAUGUUCGAAAAUAAUAGGAGAGGCAGGCAAGCAGGAAAUUUUACAACAAUUGUUCCGAAAAUUCUAGAUCUCAAAUCGUCUUCCCAACAGAUAUUUUCCGAAAACUGACGUUGCGUGCCCCUGCUCAUUCCUUAGCUCAUAAUUUCUAACGCCUCUCCUUCGAGCGAUAGAUCCAAACUUUGACUUCUCAAGGAGAUAUUGGGUAUUGAUCCCACGUACGUGCAGUAUAAGGGAGGUGGCUAGCCCCAUCAGAGACAAAGGUACAAUGUAAGUGCUCGUUGUAGAGAGGAAGCAGUUAUCGGAAGGUCAAUUUUGCGUAGAAGAAAUGCUGAAUGUGGUGUACUGAGAAAACUGAAAACAAAUAAAGUAAAUACGAGAAGCGGAAGUCUGUAUGCAUCAGUUUGCACGCUGUACUCUUCUUCAUAAAUAGUCGUUGUAGAAAAGUCAUUUGGGCCGUUUGCACCUUGAAAACUAUUGCCGGCUGACAUAUCUACGGUAGUUUAGUCCCGGGGGGGGGGGUACUUUAGGAAUUUCUGGGUGGGGAUGUGCCGCUGGGACCCUGGAACCCUUAACCUAUACCAGAGCUAGUUCAGCUGAAUUUUGCUACCCUAUACUAGAGUAAAUUCCCCAAAUUCCCCUAUCCUAGAGUAGCUGUUUACCUUGUCUAGACAAAAUCUUCAACCAACUGAUCAGUUUCCUGAAAAAUGAUACCCUAUUCUAGACCCAAACGCUCUGAUUUAUACACCCUAUCCUAGAGUAAACUGCUUGAAAACCAUACCCUUCACAGCGGCACAUACCUAUAUAGCCCAUAUAUGGCAGUAACCCCCCCCCCCCCCGGGAGUUUAGUCUGGUAAUCCAGUCUAGUCUGGGGAGUCUAAUCUCUAGUCUAGUCUAGUCUAGUCCGGUAUAGUCCAGUCUAGUCUAGACUGUAGUCUAGUGUAGGUGAGUAUAAUCUAGUCUGGUACAUGUAGUCUUGAAAGUGGACUUGAAUGCCCCUUCCUGCCACUGAAGGCUAGCAAUACAGGGCCGAGGAACACAGAAAUAGCUUGCAUGCUUAAGAGGCUGUCCGCGUAAGAACCGAUAAGGCAAAUUUCGUUGUAUCACGGAUUGCCCUGAUUUUUUCAGUGGAAGAUAACUAUCCUAUCCCAUGAAGAAAUAUCACAUUUAUUUGGACCAACUCAAUUUUUUCUCUAUAUUACAGGAAGAUUUUCUCGGUCACCUAAAACUGGCCCGUUUGCCUUCAGAAGUGGUGCGAUUUUGGUGAAUUUUUAGGGCUCUGUCAAACCUACCUUACAUAGCCGAAUAAGCUGAUUAUUUUACACACAAAUGUUUUAACUGUCAUUAACAGUGUCAAAGUUUAAUGGUUGCAUUCUGUCGAAAUUUGGCUGAGAUAUGAUUUUUUUUAAAUGACCGUUAAUUUGCUCAGCAGGAAAAGUAAUUUGCAUAACUAGAGCUGAACGGUAAUUUCGCGAAAGUGGCACCUGACCCAGACUCAAGUCUGUGAUGAAUCAGAAGUACUAAGACCAGUCUACUUCUUAAUGCAAUAAAAUUUGUGGGCACUCUUCUCUGCGCGCUGUACAAAGUUCCGUUAAUGUUACAAAUUCGCCACUUUGACAGCAAAGCUGGAAUUGUAACGGUCCGCAUUUGAUCGACUAAUUUCCACAGUUUUAACGUUUCUAGUUAUCACCAAAUGUCAUUAGACCCUUUAAAUGUUGGACUUUUGAAAACAUGAGGAGAAAACUUGGUAAUCGCUUUUUCUUGGUUUUUUUCCUGGUCGACGAUCACAACGCGACUUCAUUCUCCGUAUGCAAAUUAGCCUUAGAUGCGUCGUUUCAACAAAUUGAAUUGACAGGGAACAUAACUGCUUAUAUUUCACAUUUUUAAGGGAAAAUAUCUCUUAGAACUUUCCACGGAAAAACACGAACGAUAUAUGACUUAGAAUCCCCUUAGGUCUGUUUCACGAGGAAGAAGUAGUAGAAGAAGAUAUGUUUACGCGAAUUAAAAUAAUUUAAUUACUGUGGCCCGUCACGCAUUCCCCGAGAGUGGCCGUGUAUCGAUCAGUUCUUUUAUCUGAUUAUAUUUUUUUUGAAGUGAUAGUUAUUGAUAAUCAUACAAUUUAAUCACUGUUAAUUCCGAUUCUUUACUGGGUGGGAAAUACCAUGCUGUUGUAUUUAUUCAUUCUACGACCGUUUUCACUGAGUCAGUAUCCCCGGGAGUUACCGUGAGGAUAGGGUUUAAUAUGACAGCCCAUGGUGUAAUACACGACAAUUAGCUACAAAGUAGUCACUUGGACACGGCCACUCUUAUUCACGAGCACUAGCACAAUAUUUUCAAUUACAGAAUCAAAAAUUAAUAUUUUGGAAAUAGCUCGCAAACAACUUCAGAGAUACCGUGCGACAGCAUAGGACCACACCUGCAAAGUACUUUCAUUUCCUAGAUCCCUUGCUAACCAUAGGCUAUACAAACAUUAGGGUGGUAUUAACAGAGCAUUGUGUUUAUCGCCAAUUAACAACAUUUCAGUAAAAAUGAGGAAUGGCAUGCAGAAAAAGGCAUAGUUAUUGUUUAAGGUCCUUCUCAGUGUUAAAUCCCAAAAGUUUUGCCGGCUGUUAAUCACACUAAAUUAAGGAUCCAUAUGUUCACUCCUGAGCUGUUGGAGAAAAGCACAUGCAAUCUUGUAUGAAAGACGAAAGUUUGUCAACUAGGUCUCCUUUUCUUUCCCUGGAUUUGAAUGGUAUUUUGAAGUGACAAAAAUUUUUUUAGCAUUACCACGUUGAACUGACUAGGUGUUGUUCUUCCUUUGACAUACACAUAGGUUGAAAGCUUCAGGUUGAGGGUGUUGUGGUCUCAAUUCUUCAGCGAUUUCUGCAACAAGCUUUUGCCUUUCGAACUCCUCGUCUUCUUGCAACAGAUCUCUAUGGUCAAGUUCAACUUGUAUACACUUAGGAUUAUGUUUACGUGUUGACUCAAACGGGCCUAGAGUCCAACAUGGGCUGGCAAUAGGUGAGCACGGAAUUGGAACGGGAUUGGGGGGAACUCCCUAUGAUGGCCUAUACGGGGAGGUUCCGCCCGAAAGGAGUAUCUUUUUCAGGCUUCAGGUAUAUGAAAGGGCGGGCAUUUCGCUAGAUGAAGUAUAUAAAAGGGCGAGUGCGCUUAUUGCAGCCUUGGCAGCAUCUUUGGUGGUUCUUAAAGAAAAAAGAAUUAAGUUGAAGAACUUAAGGAAAAGUAGAAGGACUUAUUUUUUCUGAAAUUAAUAUACACGGGAGAAAUUUCACCCUCUUAAAUACAAAUGCUUAUUAAAGUAGAGGUGGAACAGUGGGGAGAGAGGGUGCAUGGUAAAGUAGGUUAAAAAUGGAGAGGUGAGAUGAAGCACAUUGUUCAAGAGGGUAUAAAUACAAAAAAAAAAAAAAAAACAGCAAUCUGGAGGCAUUUUUGAAGACUUAAUGAAAACGUUAUCAAACAAGAAAAACAGAGAAAUCUUGUCCAAUAAACCUCUCCGGCAAAUGUGUGGACAUGGUUGCAGACUGUUCAAUCGUGCUCUUCUCGACCCUUCGGCGUCAAGUUUUUUCAAGUUUCUUGCGACAGGAGGAGCAAAUCGGCUAUAUAAAGUUGAACUGAACACUAAGGUACUUUUAAGUAUCACUAAUUUUUACAAAACCCAGAGACAUGUUUUAAACACUGUUUAAGUUCAAAAAAGUUAUUUUUAUUGCAAGAAUGAAAUACUUUUCAUACACGUGAACGACACCUCGACCACAAUCACUCCUAGCCUCGUCCCCAGGACAUUCUUCUUAGAAAAUGACAGCGGCGGGAAAGCCCUGGAGACGAGGUUGAAUCCUGACUCCGUGUAGAAAGUUUUUUUUCCCCAUUUAUAAUGCUCUUCAAACAAUCAUCAGAAAACAAUCUUUCACAACACACGGAUUAACCGGUAUGUAUAGUAUUUUAAAGGUAAGAAUUGAUUAGGGCAAGAUACACGGCUGUCAAAAAAAUAGAAAUAACAAAAACUAUCUUUGCAAGCUCAAAUAAACUGGAAACGAGCUUCAGGAAACAUCGCAAGAUAAAAUGUUAAAUAGAGAAAUUAAAAUAUCUCUGUACGUUAAGACAACUGUUUGCAUGAAGAAGAAAAAAGAAUGAUGGAACAAAACUUUGACUUAUUUCGCUGGCUAUGUGGAAAUUUACGACGUGUCUUCCUGCCACAGAAGUUAUUUUGCCAUUAUGAUCCAGAGUGUGACCGGGGUAUUGACAAGACCUUAGGCUCGAUUUCCGCCCUCUCCCCGUCCGUUGGGGGCUCGUUUUCCAGAACAGCGGCUUACAAUCGAGCCUAACAAGACCUUGGCGCUCGCAAAAACCUGCGCCUAAAGCCGAUUGUCAUUUUAGUGUUAGCCUGUUUGCACACUACCCUUCCCCCCUUGGGAGAAGCAGCCCCUUCCCCGAUUUUUCCUGAGAGGAGGGGGUCUGUACACAGGCUAUUUAGUGUCUGUGCCUUGGGCAGAUUGUCAUUUCAGUUCCGAAUACCCACCAAGCCUCGAAUACGUACUCUCGCUAAAAUGAAUUCAUUUUCAUUGUCUUUGCUACACUUGCUACACUUAGACAAGUGACAGCUGGCUAAGUGCGAGGUAAUAUCAUCCAUGCACUCUGUGACCAACACAUUUUCCUCCACACCCCUUCCGGGACCUCACUCUGUCUACGAUCUCGCGGAAGAACUGCUUGAUGAAAUAGCCGAAAAAGCCAUUUUUCACAAUUGAUCUCUUCGGCGAUUUCAGUGACAUAGUUAUAUUUAAUUUGAAACUGGCACCUGUUGCAUUAUAAUUCAAUCAGAUUGAAACCAAAACAAGAUCAUCGUUGGAAUUCGGAUGUUAUACCCUAACAAAAACUGAAAAAAUACUCCCUUUUGCGUUUAUUCACUGAAAAAAGGAACUAUUUUUCCCUUUUCAUUCUGCUACCGAUAAGCUACCGAUAAACACUUUAAAGAUCUUUGAAUGAAACUGAAAUUUACCGCUAAUUUAAGAUAGAAAAAGUGUGGGGCCUUUUUUUUUUUUUUAUCAUAGUGCCAUGUACAAAGAUCUGCCUUCUCCCGAUAAGCAAAUAUCAUAAUAAAGCUUUCGACGUUAACGCUAUUUUUUAUAAAGGCACGCAAAAAAGAGUGCCCAAACAUUUUCGUGUGCUGACAGGAGGAAUUACCUUGCAAGUGAACUCUUAUUUUUUAUUAUUAUCAAUAACUAUCAUUUAAAAAAAAGAUGAUAAUAUUAUCGAAUUGAUCGACACAACGCUAUUGUUUUCUAAUCGACCACCCGUCUUCAGGAAUGCGUGACAGGCCACAGUAAUUGAAUUAUUUUAAGCCGCAAACAUGUAUCAUGAUAUAUUAUUCAGCUGCUUCUUCCUCGUUAAAAAAAAAAAAAAACAGACCUUAAGGGGAUUCUAAGUCAUGGUUUGUGUUUUUCUGUGGAAAGGAGAAUUAUUUUUCCCCUUAGAAAUGUGAAUGUAACGAUUAUAUUUCCUGUCAAUUUGUUGAAACAACGGAUCUAAGGCUAAUUUGCAUACCGAGAACGAAGUCACGUUCAUCGUCGACAAGAAAAAGACCCAAGAAAAAGCGAUUACUAAGUUUUCUCCACAUGUUUUCAAACGUCCAACAUUUAAAGGGUCUAAUGAUAUUUAGUGAUAACUGGAAACGUUAAAGCUGUGGAAAUUAGUCGAUCAGAUGCGGACCCGUUACAAUUCCAGCUUUGCUGUCAAAAUGGCGAAUUUUGGAACAUAAACGGAACUUUGCACGGCACGCAAAGAAGAGUGCCCACAAAUUUUAUUGCGUUAAGAAGUAGACUGGUCUUAGUACUUCUGAUUUAUCAUAGACUUGAGUCUGGGUCAGGUGCCACUUUUGCGAAAUUACCGUUCAGCUCUAGUUAUGCAAAUUACUUUUCCUGCUGAGCAAAUUAAAGGUCAUUUUCAAAAAAUCGUAUCUCAGCCAACUUUCCACAGAAUGUAGCCAUUAAACAUUGAAACUAUUAAUGAGAGUUAAAACUUUUGUGUGUAAAAUAAUCAGAUUAUUCGGCUAUGUAAGGUAGGUUUGACAGAGCCCUAAAGUUUCACCAAAAUCGCACUACUUCCGACGGCAAACUGACUAGUUUUAGGUGACCGAGAAAAUCUUCCUGUAAAAUAGAGAAAAAAUUGAGUUGGUCCAAAUAAAUGUGAUAUUUCUUCAUGGGAUAGGAUAGUCAUCUUCCACUGAAAAAAUCAGGGCAAUCCGUGAUAGACCGAAAUUUGCCUUAUCGGUUCUUACGCGGACAGCCUCUUAAAUAAGGUUGCGUUUUGAAAGAAACCUUUAUGUUGAGGAAAAAAUAGAGCCUUCCUUAGCCUUCUGAUGAUUUAUAGAUGUUUAAGAUUCAUAUUUCCAUUUAGAAGCGAGUGUACGUAAUUGUUGCAUAAAUUAUGCAAUAAUUAUGCACACCGCCUCUACGCAAUGGCGAGCCACGCCGUGAAUUAUGACGUGAUGGGUAUAACUUUCGUUUCAGUUUGGGUGUUGUGAUUACACGAAGUAUUUUUUUUGUUUAGGGUGUGGUGUAAGACCUCCUUUAUCACGAGUCAUCGGCGGACGUGACGCCCGACCGAAUUCAUGGCCUUGGCAAGCUGAGAUUCUGGAAAUCCGUGACGGAAAGUGGAUCCACAAGUGUGGAGCGUCCUUGAUUCACCCGGAGUGGAUCGUUACAGCAGCUCAUUGCUUAUUUACACCAGAUCCAAGGAUUUACAAGAUUGUGCUAGGUUUGUAUAAGAUUUAGGACCUUUGAGGUUUAGUGGGUGGAGAAAGGGUGUUACUGAGUCCCGAUUUACCAUGUACAUGUAAAAACAUGACUCAGUGCUUUUCUAAUUUGGUAUGCGCCCCUCGGUCGACUCAAUUCAAGGACCGGACCUAAGCAAGGGCGUGGUAUUAUGUUUGCAAAGGUAAAUUUAGGAAUAUGCUAUUUGCUUGCUAUCCAGUUCUAACGCCUAUACUUUUAUCACAUUUUCCCACAAAGCUGCAUUUACGAAUUCCGCCCCUCGCAAUUGCCUCCUGUGUACCAUAAAGCUCCUCCAUUUUUUUUUUCUAAAUUACAAAAGUUUAUUUACAAACUUCCUUAAAGAAGAAUGCAGUUUUGCACGUUUGCCUUUUAACUUAACUUUGCUUUUUUUUUUAAACAGGUGAGCACGAUCGCACUAAGGAUGAGGGAACGGAGCAAUAUUUCGAUGUAUCACAGCUAUACCUUAAUAAACAUUUCCAAACGUACAGUGGUUACGGUCACGACAUCGCUCUUAUCAGACUCUCCAGGCCGGCGAUACUAAACCGAUACGUUAGCCUUGCUUGCCUUCCGAGGCAGAACGAAAGAGUGGCUACUGGCAAGUUAUGUUAUCUUACAGGUAAGGCACAUUUAAAGGUUGUAAUGGUGAUUUCUUGGCUUAAGAUUUCUUUAAGUUGGGUCACACAUCACUUAGAUGGCUUGAUAACUUACUUAUUGACACGAUGGGAAAAAAAAUCUCUAAAAAAAUAUGUUUACCCCAUUCUUAAGUAGUUUCAACACAUAUGGUAUACAAGGCCCUGGGAGGCAUUAAAUCGAACAAGUCAGGGGGGUCUGAUCCCAUCCCGGGAAAAGUCUGGAAAGAGUUUGCUUUUGAACUUGCACCAGUCAUCACUAAUAUCUAUAAUGCCUCGAUGGUACAAGGAUACGUCAAUGUGUUUCUUAACCAAUCCGAAGUUGUUCCUGUACCAAAAUGUUCGCCACCCAAAGUAGUUGAACACGAUCUUCGGCCUAUUUCUCUCACGCCCCAUAUUGCAAAGGUCAUGGAAGGGCUUACGCUGGAUUCCCUCUUCAAGCAAGUCUGUGACAAGCUCGAUCGACACACACCAGUUUGCCCUGGCCGCGAAGUCCACAACUCACGCUCUUGUUUUCUUUCUCCAAGUCAUCCUUGAGGCCCUCGGCCAAGGUGACACUUAUGCACGCAUCUUCUUUACUGAUUUCAGUAUAAAGGUUUUGAAGUUUUGAUUUAGUCGAUCACAAUAUCUUUAUCCAAGAAAUGGAGCUGCUAGGCGUGCAUUAGGCCACUAUCAGAUGGAUCGGCUCUUUAUUAACGGACUGUUCACAAAGAGUGCCAAUCGGUCAGGUUUAUUCGCAUCCAGUUACACCGAAUGGGGGAAUACCACAAGGAACAAUACUCGCGCCAUUGCUGUUCGCCAUAUUAGUGAACGAUCUGUGUAGGGACUGGAGAUAUAGGAUUAAAUACGUUGAUGACACCUCGGUAUUUGAAUCUAUUCCUCGAUGUUCCCCUAGCUACCUUCCAUUUAUCGCCGCAAAUAUUAACACCUACGCUUCCAUGUGUAACAUGCGGCUUAAUGAGAAAAAAUGUAAAGAUCUGGUUAUCAAUUUUUUGAAGUAUCAACCCACUGUUAUAACACCGAUUCAGCUUAAUGGUAUAGUCAUUGAUAGAAUAUCUAGUUAUAAACCCUCGGGGGUUAUUAUCUCUGAUGACAUCUCUUGGAAAGGACAUUGUGACAGUAUCCUUAAAAAAGCUACUAAGCGAUUGUUUGUGCUGCGGAACCUCAAGAGAGUUGGACUGGGCACUAACGAUCUCGUGUUAGUCUAGUGUAGUAUUGUUAGAUCCAUUGUUGAGUACGCCUCGCCAGUUUGGGCUGCGAUCCCUUUAUAUCUGGACGAGUUAAUUGAGUCUGUCCAGCGGAAACCUCUCAAAAUAAUAUUUGGCCGGGUAGACUAUACGGAAGCCUUGGUCUUGGCCGGCCUGGAGUCUCUUAGUGACAGGAGAGUAAGAGCUUGUAAGCGGUUUACGGCUACUGCGCGCCAAAUGCCCCCCCUUAAGAACAUCAUGCCGCUAUUGAGUCUCAUUACAGUAUAAGGGUCCGACUUCCAAGACGUCAACAUGGUCACACCAGAAGAAUUAAUGACUUUGUAACUUAUAAAUUUCAGUGAAUGUGUGCAAAUGGUUAAUUGUAUGGGACAAUGACCUUCCCCAACAAUUCAGUUAUUGCUGCAAGUGGGUGAAAUGAACAGAAUAUCUAUCUAUCCAUCUAUCAACGCUGGUAACGCCUAACUGAAAUUAACUACCAUCCCGUCCUUACGCGGCGCGAGGCUUAAUUCUCACCCGACUAACAAGUAAAAUUGGAGAAAAAAAGUGCUUAGUUUGGCAGAUUGUCCAUUCUUAUAUUUCUUGGCUGCCUUCAAGACUCAAAGAGAGGCGAAAAGAAAAGUUUGAGGAUGCGUGUAAUCAUGCUGCAGCGAGCACAGAUCUUCGAUCUUGAAAAGGGCUUCUGAUACCCGGGGAAGGCUAAUUAUUUUCUGUGAUUAAAGAAUACAUUUUCACUGGGACGUGUUUCAUAUACGACUUCAAAAAUUCACUUACUUAUUAAAUCUAGUUAUAUCAGUUCAACAAACUUUUAACUGCAAAAGUAUAAAGAUUCUGAAGGUAACUUUGACUAAGUCAAAUCAAUAAAGACAGAAAUAAAUGAAAAGAAACGAAAAUAAAAGACAAAAACUCGUUUUGCAGGUUGGGGGGUACAAGUUUACGGAGGAUCUAUGGCGGUCAUUUUGCAACAAGCUCAACUGCUAACGGCGAACCACUCGACAUGUUCAACUGGAAACUCGCAUUUCCAGCCGAUCGAUGAUGAGUCGAUGCUUUGCGCCGGGGAUCCGAAAGCAAGUGGGUGCAAUGGAGACAGUGGCGGACCCCUAGUUUGUGAAGAAAGCGGGAGAUAUGUCCUAAGAGGUGCCGUAAGCUGGGGUAUCCCCAAGUGUCCAGGCGGGGAUACAUUCUCUGUGUUCACGCGAAUAAGUUCUUUUAUUACUUGGAUUGAAGAUCAUAUCAAGAACAGUGACAUGUAUUAGUCUGGGCAUGAUUUGAUUACAUUUUUUUUAACAAAAGUGAAUCGAACAUGAAAAUAUGACGAAAGGGUGGACGAAGAACGUUCAAGCUACAAUCAUCUACAAUAGACGAUCGACAAAUAAAAAUUGUUGAGCGAGAGAACAACAACAAUACUUAUUUUUACUCAGUCUU